AGCCAGCAAGCAAGCAAGCUAGCGAGCAAGCAGCGGCAGGCGCAGCAGCAGGAGGAGGAUCUUAGAGCUAAGAUCUCCAGGAAAGCGGGAGCGGCUGUAGGGAAUCUCGGAGAUCAAGCGCCUCCACAGUCAGAGGGGAGCCCUCUAGGAGGAUGCCGCAGUCGCCCUUCCUCCCUGCCUAACUCGGGCGCUCCCUGCCAGCCCUCGCCAGCGGCGGCCGCCUCCUCCUCUCAUUGCCCGCGCUGCCUAGCUCGCCUGCGAGUAGGAAGCAGCGGCGGCGGGCGGGCGGGCAGUCGCGGUGUUGGUGUUGGCCGCCGGCGGAAUCUACUUGCUCCUAGCCGCUUUUCCCAAGCGAGAGCAAUAGCAGCGGCAGGAGGAAGAGGAGGAGGGCGCGCGCGGUCGGAACGCGGGCCGCCCUGCCGGCCGAGCGGGGCGCCGGCGUCGGAUGCCUGCGUUACGCCACUCCGGGGCUUCUGUUGAGGCCUGGGCUCCUCUAGAAGCGGCGGCAGCGGAUAGGAGCGUCGAGUCGGGAGGAGGAGGUGGUGGUGGUGGCGGCGGCAGUGAGAGGACCGACAGGUAGUCGCCUCUCCCUGGGGGAGGCCGGUGUCCGGUGCUGCUGCUGCUGCUCCUUUCCCUCAGGUGAGUCGGCGGGGCUUGUGAAUUAGAUGUCUGUGUGGAGAGAAAACCUGCGACGGAGCAGGGCGUCGUUGGAGCUGAGGUGGAUGUUUCCUGCGCCUCUUAGAAGGUGAACAGGAAGGGGAGCAGCUGGGAAAGAUGUGUGGAGCGUUUAGAAGCCUCAUUAAAAAUAAAUAAAUGUAAAAAGCACUUCCUUUUUACUCCAAGCAGAAGUGAGCGUCUCUGUGUGAAAGAGUGAGUGUGUGUGUGUGUUUUCGUUUUCUCUCCGGAGUCAGUCCGGCCCAAUCCAGUCUUAUCCCACUCCAAUCGAAUCCUCUUUAGUUUGGUUGAAAGCCUCAGCUAGAAGGGAGCCAGUAAACCCUGGCAAUUCGUGUGUUUCGUUUUACCUUUCUCUUUUUCUGUUUGUGCUCUAUUUUUAAACCUCGCGAGAAACCAGGAAACUUGUCCUAUUUCUCUAACCGGUUCCCCACGCAUGCUGCGUGAAUUCUAGGGUACCAAGGUGUUCCUUGGGUGUGUGUGUUUUUUAUUGGGGGGGGGAGAGAGAGUUGUCCUAUUUUAAAUAACUUACACAUUGUUGUUGUUUAGUAGUUUAGUCGUGUCCGACUCAACUUACACAUACCUCUCUAUAAUUCAGCAGGGCAACCAUGACUGAGAACCAUUUGUGUCGUUUUAUAUUAAAAAACAAACCUUAGUCUUGUUUUUGUUCUGUGAUAUUACCAAGGCAUUUUGACCUUGGAUGUACAUUUCUUUAUUAGUUCAUUAAUCUAAAGGAGUAGGAGAGGUAUGGCCGCUUCAUUCAUUGUACUGUAGCCAAGUACAACUUUACUAAGUGUUACCGGUGAUUAUAACACUUCAUGCUGUUCUACCACUUUUUCCUCCCUCCAGGGCCCUCAAGUAUGUCUUUCUAUCAAUGCAAAUUCCUAACAUUCCUAAUGUAAUAUGGUGUCCUCGGUUUAACUCUCAAAGCUACCCGAUACCUCAUAAAAAUAAGUCGAGCUUUUUGCUGGUAUAUAAAGCUUUUUAGGGGCUGUACAUGAAGUCGUUGCCAAGUCCAUAUGGACUACAUUAGUUAAUGGACUGCAAAAACUUCACCUGGGUGUACUUAAUAAUAUUAAGUUGGCCCCCUUGUUUUAACUACUAAAGCAUAUUCUAGUUUAGAACAUGAAGUACAUAAUGGAAUAAUCCCAUACACAAGAAGCUGUCAUAAAGGAAGACGGUGUAAGUUUAAGCCAGUGUAAAGUUACACCAGAUCCAAACUCCAUUUAGCAAUGGAGCUACUGCUAGCUAAGCCAGCCUAAGACUGGCAGAGGGAAAAUAAGCCUUGGAAAUAGUGUUUGACCUAUACUACGUUGCCAGAUCUUGCACCAAGCUGAACAGGAAUAGGAUCCAGCCUCAGUCCUCCUACUUUGGACCCAUGCCUGGAAAACCCCUUCUUCUAGGGCUUAUGCAGGCUUAAGAUAUGCCAAGCUUGCCUUGGCUCAGUCACCUGGUUCCUGGCUGAGCCAGGAUAAGGGGGAUACUCUGGCAUAAAUAUUGCUGAGCAAAGGAUGGGGGAGUUGAUUUAGUGGGUUAGGAUCUAGCGGAUCUCUGGCUGAAGUAGGAAGUUCUCAAAGGGCUAUGAUGAUUUGAGAACUUCCUACUUCAGCCAGAGAUCUGCUAGAUCCUAACCCACUCAUCCUGGUAGAUCUUGCUUUAGAAUUUCUAUGUACUGUAGGCAGCUGCUUUGUACUGAGUCAGACCUUUGGUCCUUCCAGGCUGCUUCCAGGCUGUCACUAAUUUCAAGUGAGAUUCAAUUGCAUACCAGCAAAUCCAGGUUGUACCAUUAAAAUCCAUUUGACACACUUGCUCAACAGACUCACCCCGUCCAUUGGUAAGUGGUGGGGAAAUGCCCUGGGAAGUGUGGAACAACAAUUGCUUGAAGCACUCAUAUAACCUCCCUGCAAACAAAUCAGAAUGAAUACUCAAUAAACAGAUCAUCUGGAAGCAACCCUAGUUCAGUAUUAGCUGUGCUGCCUGGUAGCAGCUCUCCAGGGUUUCAGACAAACAUCUUUCCUGGCCCUACCUAGAGAUGCUAGGAAUUAAACAGGGAUCUCCUACAUGCAAUGUAUGUGCUCUACCACUGAUCUACUACUGACCCUUGCUCUUUCUUUUUAUACAUUACCUGUUUUCCUAAAGAGUACACAUGUGCCAAUUGGAUAAGCAAUAGUAGCUGUAUGUUAAUCAAAAUCCAACUUUGUUUUCAAUGAUUCUGGGGACACUUUUCAACUUCAAUGGAUUUUAUAUGAGGCUGAUUUGUAAAUCCGGGGACUGUCCCCGGGAAAUGGGGACGUCUGGAAACCUUAGCCUAUGUGCCAUAUAUAGCACAUGGAUAAACAAAGAUGGGAAGUGCUCAGAGGCUAAGGCUGUAAGCAGGUGACAUUUUAUUCUAGAACUAGUCCAUAAGAACAGAAAUCCAGAAUCCACUGUUGGACCAUAAAUUCAUUAUAACCCACCAAAAUGUUAUGAAACUGUCAAAUUUUUAAGUUCUCUGCAUCUCUUCCUCAGGCAAGAUAUUAUGCAAAUUGGAGUAGGGAAUUGAGGAAAGAAAGAAAAAAGUACAAAAAGUAGUCUGGAUGUUGUAGCCAUGGGGCCACCUUGUAAACUCAGUUCCCAGAUGGAAUUGCGGUCUGAAAUAAAACCUAUAGAGGUGCUACAGAUAUCAGAUCACACACAUUGUAUUCUGGGAUAAAGGAACAAUGGCCGUCCCAUAUUUCUCAGAAGUUAAAGUCUGGUUUGUAAUUCAGAUUGUCCAAAGCAUUAAAUGAAACACACAAGUUUAUGGGUAGGCAGAGUGUGGAAAAAUUUUAAUUUAGUAAAGGUGGGUAUUACUGUAUUUUUCACCCCAUAGAGUGCACCGGCCCAUAGGGCGCACCUAGUUUUUUUUGGGGGGGGAAUGCUUCGGGAUGCAGGCAGCUCUCCGCAAGCCGUGGGAGCCCGGCGGGAACUCCCACGGGCUCCCAAGGCUUGCGGAUAGCUUCCUGAAGCCUGGAGAGCAAGAGGGGUCGGUGCGCACCGACCCCUCUCGCUCUCCAGGCUUCAGCGAAAGCCUGCAUUCGCCCCAUACAACGCACACACAUUUCCCCUUCAUUUUUGGAGGGGAAAAAGUGCGUCCUAUAGGGCGAAAAAUACGGUACUUCCGGUUAGUUUGCUUAAGUAUAUGAAGUGUCUCAUGUGUCUCUUGAAAAAUAGAAUGUGGUUUAAAAGGAAAGUGGAACUCAGUGCAAGCAAACCAAAUGCCCAUAUUUACGGAGAUGGUCUGGGAAUAAAGCCAAGCUAUAUUUUUUAUGUCUGAACUUGCUGUUUGGUGCACCUGAUUUGCAAAUUGCCACCAGAUUAGUACCUGAAAUCAUGGCUGAUUUGCAAACCAUAGUUUGAGCAUAGUAAAGUUUGGUGUAUUCAAAUUUAUGUGCUAUACUUUAGGGUGUUCUGCUGUCAGAGUCUACUGUUUGGGAUAGCAUCUGGAAUUAUUGGGGGAGGAAAGAGGGAAAUGACACAAACCAUGUUUUGGCUUUGGUCAUAAUUUACUUUUAAGAGAAUAUAUUUUGAUUUAAACCCAUAAGUCAAACACGAGUUUCAAAGGCUCCUUUUCUAGGUAAAAGAUAAAACUAUGGCGAUUCUUUUCUUUUUUACAUCUAUGGUUAAGUAUUGUAAAUAAAAAAAUAAGCUAUAUAUUAUAAAUGUUUUAGGAAUGUAUAUUUCUCCUUUAACAAUUGUAUGAUUCCAUAUCAAUCAUGUACUUGUCUAUUUUGAUUUUUGAAUUUGUUGGUAGUUUUAAAAUUGUUUAUAGAGAUUUUUAACGAUCAAGUAAUAUAUAUACUUUGAUGAUGAUUUAAAAAAAAGAAUUCUUUUGAGUGAGGUGGGACUUGAUCUGUACACAACUCCCAACUUGAAUAUUACUGUAGUAUGUACUUAAAGCUUUUUCUGUCCAUUUCUAAAAAGUUUUUAAAUAUAAUUUUAAGCUUUAGUUUAGUUGAUUUAAGCAAUUGGUUUCCACUUUGUGAUUUAUGGAAUCCUGGGCAUUCCAUAUCAGGGAUUCUCCUACAAAACAAAACAAACAAAAUCAGCAGUAGACAAGCUGCUCUGCAAAACAAUGUGUCCUCCUUUUCCAAUAUUCCCAUUGGAAGGUAUAGCUUCUGAAGAGAGCUGGAUGUGUUCUGAAUUGUGUACUCAGUUUGUGAAGGGGAAUGGCAAAACACAAUAGGCAGAAACUGAAUGUGCUCACUAAAACAUAACACAAAAUCCUAUUGACUGCUUUUUAACAAUUUAUUCAUAAGAACAUAAGAAAAAGCCCUGCUGGAGGAAGGCCAUCUACCCCAGCAUCCUGCUUCCUACAGUGACUAACCAGACUCCUAUGAGAAACCUGUAAGCAAUACAUGAGUGCAGUACCCCACUGUUUAAUGACAGGUGUGCUUCUAUUUUAAUAGGUCAGUUUAAUCAGCUUCACUGUGCUUCCUAUUUAACAAGUCAAUUGAUAUGUGCUUGUAUAGGUAGGAAACAGAAUCAGUUGGUAGUGACACAACUUGUUUUAGUCUAAUUUAUUGAGAUUUUUAACCUUCACUUUGUUUUUAAAAUACAGUUAUAAAUUUUUAGUGAUAAUCUUACUGCUUUAUCUUUUUUGUAACCCCCUUUGAGGUUUUUUCUACCCUCCCCCCCCUCUCUCUAACUAAAUAAAUGAGGAUUUUGAGGGUGUGUGGCUCCCUGCCCCAUGUACUAUUAGGUCAGAACUGUGUGUUACAGGCAACAUGGGAAAACUUUAGCUAACUAUGGUCACUUUAUCUGCAGAUGUCAUUUGAUGGGGGAUAAAGUUGCUUUUAUAUCCUUUUAUAUUCCUUCUUUAACUUCUUUGCCUGUUUCGUUAAACCACAACAGAAUCUUUGAAUGGUCAUCGUGUAGAGUCACAUUAUUUUGUGCAAGAGCUUAAUUAAGAUAGCCAAGAAGGUUGGAGCUAUUUGUGCCAUUUCAAUGAAACUGAGGAUAAAUCUGCUUAAACAGCUUUCUUUUCAGAUGGUUAUUGGAGCAUUUUGCAGUCCUCCUGCCUCCUUUUUCUUUUAUUAAUUUGGUCACUUUUAGUGACUAAUACUAUAGAAAAUACCGAUUUCCCAAUUAGGGUUGAUUUUUCAGCACAUAGACCUUUAUAAUCUUAAACAGGCAUUAUGCUGCAGUCUGAAGAAAGAAUGGGCAAUAUAGUCUGCCUAUUUCCCAGAGCCAAGUAUUGAUAUGGAAUUUGGAGCCAACAUAAUCCACUUGGAUCAGAAAUGCCAUCUAAAUGCCAUUUCAAGAUUUUUAAAUUACAUUUUAUUUUCUGCUGAGCUGUAUGCUUUCCAUGGGACACAGGAAAGGGGAUGGAAUUAUACCUUAGAAUAAUAUGCUGUUUGUAACAAAGCAUUUAUCAGAGGUCUUGUAGCCAUAGCUAUAGCUGGAGCUAAUAAUCCUGUGCCUUCAGGCCAGUUCAGAUCCCAAAUCUACAGUUAAAUAAUAGUUUAGCUUGCCAAAUUAAGCUGUAUUUCCUAUAUGAGGCCACUGGGAAACACCAGUAAAAACUGCUUGCCACUUUGCAGCAAGUGAAGGUGAGAAGGUAGGAGAACUAUAUCUGGUUUGUUCAGUGCAGUGUAAUACUGCACUGCGAUACAGUGUGAGUGUAAUACAAUUAAUGGAAACCGUUAAUUUCAAACCAACUUUAAGCCAUAGUUUGAAAUCUUGGUUUGUGGCUAAUCCAUAACACAUGGUAUAGGUAUUCAGAUAAAAAGCUAACUACAACUAAUGAAUACAUUUAGCUUAAACAUGGCAUAUUAUGCAUUACAGUAUUUGCUGACAAGUAACAUAUUUGCAACUUUGAUGCACACCUUACAAGUGGGGGGGGGGGUAUCCUGUGAAGAGUUAAUGGGGAAUAGGACACCCCCACCCCUUAUCCUUUCAGCAGUAAAAAAAAAAAAAAAGCCUUUAAUCUCCUGUAUAUUGGGUGUGCUAGAUGCAUGUAAACAUUGCAGAACCUGAACAUUUGUUGUGUAUAUAAUUGCAGUGAAUUAACUGGUUGUUUUUUCAAACCAUUCCAAAGACAUAUCAGCUGCUUUCCAUAUACAGUACAACCCUUUUUAUGCUUCCUUUAACUUAGUGAACUUCGUUACCUCAGUGGAACUUCACAUUAAACCAUAGCUUAAAGCAAACUACAGGUCAACACGAAUGAGCAGCAUGUUAGUCGCACUGCUCAAAGUUCCAGAGGCUCUCCUUCCCUGCUUCUGCUGUGGAAAAAACAAGCUUGUCAUUUUCCUCCAAGCAACCCAUAGUUACAAUUUCUGGUUUAUUUGGGAAAAACAAACCAUGAGCCUGGGUUUGAGCAACACAGGCAUCUGCACAAGCAGGGAAUCAAUGCUUUGGGAACUUUUGAGCAGCGCACAUUAACAUGCUGCUCAUUCAUAUUAAAACAUAGUUUGCUUUAAACUAUAGUUUAAUGAGACUAGUGAACUGGGUGACUGGGAAUUAAAGAAAAUAAGAGCACCAAUUUCUGUGUAGAUGGCUUGCAUUCAGGUGUACAAUCAUCUGAUUUCUUUUUCUUGCAGAGCAAGCAGUAUGCACUUGACUGCAGAAAUUAGGAACUGGAAGACUGCGUAUUAGCUUUAAUCAAAAUGGAUUAUUUAUUACUAGAGGUAAAAAAGAAUCUUGUGUUUUUUAAAAAAUAGUUUAGUGUCCAGUUCUGUAACAUGCCUGUAUGACUCCCAUUACAUCUUUAGUAUGACAUUACAGUAUAUCAAUGAGGAGAGAAUAUGCCACUUUAAAUUUUAAGUUUUCCCUACUGAAGUGGCAAACCUAUUCAGGAGAAAUAAUGUUCAGUCUAAUGUUAGAAAUUUAGGGCUGUAUCCAGUGCUGCAACUCAACUGGCACAACAGCUUUCUGUGUCCAGUGGAACUUCCUCUCCGUAGUGGAUUUUGAGGUGUAUGUGGGGAGGGGAGAGGGAAAGAAAGCUCCAUGGCACCAGCAAAGCUAAUUUUUAUGUUACUUGUGGUGAAUGAAAUGUAGAUGAUUGCAAUAGAAACUGAUAACAUGCACUUGAUAUGUGGGUUAUGCAACUGUAUGUUGCAAUGUAUGCCCCUUUCCUAUCACCCAGCUUUUCCUAAUCUUCUUUUCUUGCUAAGCAUUCUGUGGUAACUGAAGGUGACUGAGCACGUUCACUACUCAUUGAGCUGGUUGGGGCAGCUGUACCCUUGAGUUGUUGUUUUUUUUAAAAAAAAAAAUUCUGCAUGUAUGUUACUUUAAAAAAAAAAAUAACCAACAGACUGCAUGUAUGGUUGGUUGGUUGGAAUUCUUUGACCUAACCUGAAUUCCCUGGAGCUUGGAUUCAGUGAGGAACUCUGAUUAGUUUAAAAAUAGAAGCAAAUGUUUCCAAACUUCUCUCUGCCAUUCCAGAGGAAGAAAGGGAGCCCACAGCUCUUUGAUGCUCAUGCAUAUCAUACUAAACUAGGGGUCAGCAACCUAAGGCCCAUGGGCCACAAGUGGCCCACAGGGCUCGUUUAACCAGCCCAUGAGCCGCCCCCGAACCGAGCCGCCCACUUGGCGCGUCCCUGUUUGCUGCACUAAACCGGUGUGGCGCAGGGACUCGCUUCCGCGGUGCCGAAAAUCGCAUCUGCACAGAUGCCAGAAAUUGCAUCUGUGCAGACACUGGAAAUUGCAGGCACGCGCACUCAUGCGCAUGCACAAUCCAGCCCAUGGAGGGAUCUCCGCUGGAGUGAACCGGCUCAGGCGAGGUAAACCUUGCUGACCCCUGUACUAAACCAUAGUUUAUUGUUGCUUUUCAAAAAGAGCAUCUUUUGUUGCUCCAUAGUUAAGACACAAAAUUAAGGUUUGUGUAUUUUUCCACCGAUACAAAUUGAGGCAGUUUUAUUUAUCCCUUCCUUACCCAAAUAUGUAUAAGGGGUUCUUUACGGCUCUAAGAGAAAUUGAAGAAUGAAAAUUUGCUUUGCAGCCCAAUCCUAAACAUAUUUUAGUUGGAGGCACUCCCAUUGAAUUUGAUGGGACUUACUUCCUAUCAGGUGUGCUUAGGAUUUCCACCUUAGGUAAACAAAUUUAUUUAUUUCAUUUCCCUUGUAUUGUAUACAACUAGUUCUGCAUUGAAAAUGUAUUGUUGGUUUUGAAGGUGGAGGUCAAGCUGGAGCAUCUGUUUCUGUUGCUAUUGUAUGGGGAAGCAGAUAAGCAAAACAGAAAGGGUUAUGUAACAUUUAUUCAUUAAGGACAUACGUAUGAAGCAGGAAACUUGUUCAUACUUCAUUCCAGGGUUAGGUCAUGGAGAAAUCAGCUGUAAGUACAUCUCACAUAUCUUGUGUUCCAUCUCUGCAGUAAAUAAGGUGCCGACAACAGUUCUUGGACUUCUGCAUCUACAUAAAAAUGAGUGAAGUACAGGCAAUGGUAGAAUUCUCCGUGGAGCUCCACAAGUUUUAUAACGUGGAUUUGUUUCAAAGAGGGUAGGUAACAUACAACAAAUAUUACAUGUUCUGAUGGUGUUAAUUCCUGAGACAUUUGUAUGGAAGAUUAAUGAAUGCCUGCAAAUCCUGAGAAAAGGUGUAUGUAGCUCUUGUAACUGGAUAUAUAUAUAUUUUACUUUAAAUCGGGUCUUUGAGACGGUCAGGAAUCAAAAUUCACUAAUCUGUGUAGCAUCAAUCAUGAAUAAAAUUAUAAGACAACUUAAGCUUGGUUUACAUGUUCUCUCGUAUGCAUGGAUAAAAGUUCUCUAUUUUCGGGUGGCGUCGGUGGGAGCAUUCAGAAUACUGAGCUGGGGCAGGAUAAGCCUUUUUGUUUAUCUAUGAAAAAUAGGGUGCUCUAGGGGGUGUAAGCAGCUGUGUAUUUUUAUGAAAAUGAUUGGUAAUCGCCUAAAGAUCCUUGCUCGCACGUCUACUUACUCAUUUUGUGCUGUGGUCCAUUGCCAACUGGAAGAUGGAGUGACUGCAAUGUAAUUACCGUAUUUUUCGCCCCAUAGGGCGCACUGGCCCAUAGGGCACACCUAGGUUUUUUUUGGGGGGGGGAAAUAAAGAAAAAAAAAUAUUUCCCCCCCAGACUGAGCUUCCCCCGACUCCAGCCCUCAGAACAGGCUGCUAUCCGCAAGCCUAGGGAGCCCGCGGGAAGUCGCGCCGGUCUCCCCAGGCUUGCAGAUAUCUGCCCGAAGGCUUCGGGAUUGUAAUGGUUCUAGGGGUUGCUCGUGCGUAAGCCGGUGCUUAUCUCCCCGGCUGGGUUGCCUAAGUGAACCUUUUCUGUCCGGACAGCCACUCACCCGUGGCUGACUCAAUCGCUGGCAGAAUCCGUCAGUGGGGUUUCUUAAACUUCUUCCAGCAAAGAAGCUCUUUGACGCCUAGUCUCCUCCUACUCUCUCUGCGCGAAAGCCUUCUGCGCAAGGAGGGCGUGGGCAGCGGAGAACCCCUACUCUCCCCGCUGGUCCCAGGCAAGGAGUCAUGGGACCGCCUCGCCACUUCCCCCAUCUGCCCCCCUUCUCCAUUGGUGCUACGCUGAUUCUCUUCCCCAGAAGAUGGGCUGCUCCUCCCGAUCCCUGGACGCUCUCUGGAAUCCCUCUGGCUUUUGCUCUCUCCCUCCGGCACUGAUGGCAGUUCCCUGACUGGGAUGCAGGCAUCUCUCUUCGGGAUGCAGGCAACUCCACAAACCAGGUCGGGGAACAGCGGGAUGGCGGCGCUCCGCCUCCCCGCUGUCCCCCGAGCUUGUGGGGCUUCCCGAUAUUUGCAGGAAGCCCGGGGUGUGCUGUGCAGCGCGCCCCAGGCUUCGGGAUGCAGGCUGCUAUCCGCAAGCCUUGGGAGCCCAAUAGGAACUCCCGCGGAGCUCCCAAGGCUUGCGGAUAGCUUCCUGAAGCCUGGAGAGCGAGAGGGGUCCGUGCGCACCGACCCCUCUCGCUCUCCAGGCUUCAGCGAAAGCCUGCAUUCGCCCCAUAGGACACACACACAUUUCCCCUUCAUUUUUGGAGGGGGGAAAGUGCGUCCUAUAGGGCGAAAAAUACGGUACACCCUGAUUGUGUUUGUGGUGCUUGAAUGGUAACCUUAUUUUUAUUGGUUGCCACGUAUUGAAGACGUAUCCAGUGGACAGUAGUUUGUGUUCAGGUUUGUGUUCAGAUGAUUGACAUGUGCACAGGCCCGCACACCUGUUACAUUUAGUCAUCUAGGGGUUGGGAGAUAAAGAUCAGACAUGCAAGCCAGAAAAGGUUUCCCAACCCUGGCCUACUGUGAUGUGCAAAUGCAGUCAUUGUAUGACUUAAAUUGAGUCAGAAGUGUUUUGCAGCACAAUCCUAUGCAUUAUUCAGAAGUAAGUCUCAUUGAGGAAAGUAGGGCUAAUUGCUGAGUAAGUGUGCAUAGAACUGCAUUCUAUACCUACUCAGAAAUUAAAGUAUACGUGUGUAUAGAAUUACAGUCUUAACUACUAGAUUCCAUCCUUUCAGUAUUGUAGAAUAUUGAGUUAAAUAAAAUGUCCAUAUUUGAUAUUUGUAAAAUGACAGCAUGUUGAUAUUGAAGGUGGCCACAAUUCAUUCAGAUAAAAUUCUGGUUCCAUUGUUUAUAAUGCAGUUGUCUUCUGUAAUCAAUAUAUUGUUUGCUUCCAAAUCUGAUUCAGAUAUUUUUCUUUCUACAACAGUCACCCUUUUGGGGUUAUGCCCUGGGUAUUGGGCUUUCUUUGGGAUCAUACUUUCUAUUCCUUUUUUUUUAAAAAAAGAGGACAGAAUUAGACAUAUGUGCAAAUCCCCAUUUACACAUGAUCUAUUUGUACAUGUCCUCGCACACGCAAAGUGCAAGGAACCCGGAAAUGGGAAGUACCCUGGAGAGACCUCCUGGCUUGUGAAAAGAGCCUGUCCCCAGAGCAUGAAGAGGACAUUCUGUUUCGGCUCCAGGGAGGGUCACCUCAUGAGCCGGAGGGACAGUGGGGCUUUCUUGAGGUUGCUCAGCCUCCCUGUCUAUCACUGAUGCCUGCGGAGGUCUGGAAUGUAACCACCACAUAAAUGGGGAGUUGUCUGUAUUUAUCAUAUCUUUCUGUCUUGUUGAUUUAUUUCCUUGAAUUAAUUGCAUACAAACUAUGCAUGUCAUGUUCUGAAUAUAAAAUGUUUGUUAGAUGUUUCAGUUCUGAAAAGCACUGACAUUUGCCCAUCUAUUAUGAAAGAGCAGAACAUUCUAUAUCUGCCUUGUUUUUGGUAUUUGCCAACUGGUGUCCUCAGCUGCCUUGGCAGUUUCUUUGCUGCUUCAGACAGCUGAGAGAUACCCUCUGGCUAUUCCUGCAAGCCACCAUAUGGAAUGUUGAUAUAGUAGUAUUAAGAGAGCUAUCUGGAACUAGUAAGAGCAAAUGAAAUGCUACCUCUGGAAGGUAGUAAAAUUUGAGCUGAAAAAUUUCCAGCUGAGUGCAAAUUCAAUAUUGCGUUGAUAAGUUCUGCAAAGUUUUGCAUUGCAUGCAUAGUAAUUGAGGGUGGUAUAACAAGUAAAUUAUUUUAAUUGAGGGUUGGAAAUACAACACAUUAAUUUACCUAGUAAAAGAUGAUUAGGUUAGGCCAGGGGGUGGCCUACUUACCCAAACUGACAGCAAAUAUUCAAAAAGUGGUUCUAGAGGCAGUUGACUUCAGUAUUUCAAAAAUAACAGCUAUACCCUUCAUUGGGGGAUAUACUAUACAAUAUUCUGCUUGUUGCUUGGUUAAGUCAGGGGAAACUGAUGUGGUAUACUCCAGAUGUUGUAGGCUACAAGUCGUCAGCCUUUUUUUCAGGGGGUACUCAAGGGAACGCACUACCAACACCUCUUUUUGUUGUUAAAAAGUGUGGCACUUACUGUAACAACAGGCAUAGGCAAACUCGGCCCUCCAGAUGUUUUGAGACUACAAUUCCCACCAUCCCUGACCACUGGUCCUGUUAGCUAGGGAUGAUGGGAGUUGUAGUCCCGAAACAUCUGGAGGGCCAAGUUUGCCUAUUCCUUCUGUAACAGCUUCACAGUGAGUACCGACACCUAUUUUUCUAGAAAGAAAGAAAAAGCACUGCUGGCAGGUGCUGAUGGGAGUUGUAGUCCACAUGUGGAAGGUGUGACAUAGGCUAUUCGUGCUGUAAGCCUUCUGUUGAGAACACAUGGUCCCCUGUUUUCUUUCAAACCGCCUCUGAACCCCACUUUGUGAAUUUAAGUGUUUAGAUACUUUAUGGGACUAUGAAAGGAAGGGCAUAGUGUGUCUGAUCUGGAAGAACUCAUUUCUUCAACAAAUCUACCAUUUAUUGUUUGAAGAAAGGUCGCUUCUAAUGUCUUACAAGUCUUGAAUAUUUCCUGUUACAACAUAUAUAUUUUUUUUAAAAAAGCAGAAUGACUUCAGAUGUAGGAGGCCUUAAAUCCCAUCUGUAUCAUGAUUUGAAAAGUGUUCUUCACAGUGGGCCUCAGUUGAACAUUAAUUGUCCUAGUUGCUGAUUUUUUAUCUUGCUAGGAGGAAACUUAAUAUCUUUAGCCUGAAAUCAAAAUACCUUCUAUCUUUUGGGCAGAAACCAGGAGGGUCUUUUUUAAACUUUAAUUUUGACCGAAGUAUUAGGGAGCUGGAAUAUGUGUGCCUCCAGUGUAGCCUGUAUUCAUUUAAGUACUUCAGUUAAAUCAGUCUUAUUAUGGGAUUAAAGCAUCAGUUGAUUUAACAAUUAUUUUAAUUAAUCAAUUAUAUUGAUGUUAAAAUCCGCAUCCCUAUCUAAAGCUGUUCUCUUAAAAUAUUGAAGCAUAGUUUAAUAUACUUUAUGACUUGUAGUUAGGCUAUUAUUUCAGAGGUCAGGAUUUGAAUUUUGGAGGUCAGGAAUUGAAUUUUAACCUGUUGGCAUACUUUGCCUGAGUUGACCCUGGUGAGAUUAACAUAUUUGGAUUAGCAAGUAAAUAUUUGUUAUUGGAAACUAUUUUCUAUCAUAAAGUAGAAUCUUCAUUGUCUCUGAAGCCACCUGUUUUUGUAUUGCUCAUGUAGUAAAAUGUGGAUUAUGUUGAUCAUGUGAGAUUUAAGUUUUUUUCCAGAGCUAGGGAUUUGUAGUGAAAGAAAAACUGAAAAAUAAAUGAAGCAUUUUCACAACCUAACUUCAGAUGCUCACAUGCAAACCCAAUUAAGUUGUAAUAAGAAAAACAUUUGUUUGGCUGCAUACUAAAGAACCCAUUAAGUAAGCAAAAUAGAUUGGAAAUCUGAUCAGUAACAUCAUUGAUCAAAUACUUCAGCUUGAUUUAUUGUAAUAAGUAGUAAUAAACAUUUUAUGAAAAUUUUGUGGUAAUAGCAUAGAAUAACAUCAUAGAAUAGCAUAUGUCGUCAUAUGAUAACAUAUGAUAUAAUAUCAUAGAAUAACAUAACAUAGCAUAUAUAAUAAUUGUUCCUAUUUAUAAUGGAACCAAUAAAAACAAAAACAAAAAUUAGUUCUCAAUGAGAUAAUGAAGUGUGACAGAAAUCAGAAGUCCUUGUGUGCGAUCACAACAUAGAGAUUUUCAGAAAAAACCCUGGCCCCAAAUUGGAUCAGUGGCUUCUCUGCACAUCUGAGUAGGAAUGUAAGCUGUAUAAGAAGCCUACUGUAAUUAAGAAAUGCAAACCUGGCUAGUGGAGUUAUGGUAAUAUGUUUAACUGGUUUUUACUUUGACCUUAUGCUUCUCUUUCUCCUCUGGCUAAUUGGUAUUGAAUUAUUUUAAUUAUGAUUAACAGUAGUGUAUAAAAUGCUUUUGUAACUGAUUUCAUUAAGUGUUUUUUAUGGCCCUCUUGAAGACCACGCUUGAUGGGGAAAUAGGGUAGAAAUAUUUAAAAUAUAUACAUAUCAGGUUAUGUUAAAACAGUAUUAGUUUGAAAAUAAUUUUGUUUACUGUAGCUUUUACCAGAUUCGUGUAUCAAUGAAGAUUCCUCCAAGAAUUCCACACAAAAUUGAAGCAAGCCUGUUACGUGCAACCAGUAAGUAAACAUCUUUUCAUUACUAUUUGAGUGAAUAAUUAAUUACUAUUUAAUAAAGGAGAACUCCAAAAUUAUUAAAGAUGUGUUAGUUAAUUAAUCAUAUACUUUUUGAUUACUUGAUUAAUUAAGCUUGAUAGGUGAAAACACUUGGUUUUAAAGAUCUUGGAGAAAUGUAAAAGGUCUGUAUCUAGUUGUGUCCUUCCCAUGAUGGAAGACUCUUUGUUCCAGCAAACACUAGGUUAACCGAGGAAGAAUACAAUUUUUGCUUAUUUCACCUUACCUCUGUGGCUCUCAUCUGCUCUAGAAUAUGCUUGGUGGUGGAGAGCUGUCUGCAGGAGGAAAGAUGAAUUUUCAGGACCACAUCCUCUCCCUUUCACAAAGGGCUGUCCAUCAGAUAAGCAAAAAUUACCAGUUUGCGUCACGUGAAUACUUCUGACAGUGGUUGUGAACUUUAGGGCCAUUUGUGCAUAUAUUGUUGCCUGUUGGAGGGCUGCUUAAAAUGAGUACUUGGGUCUUGACAAAAAACAUUACCCUUUGAGAAAUCUUAAGAGCUUUCUUUCUCAAACUGGAAAUGCUAACAGUGCUGUAUUUAACAAAAUAAUUAAGUGGUUAUUGACAAUUUAGUGGAUCGUUUGAAAAGGAAAAAAAAAAGUUGAAGUGUAAAAGUAGUUUUAUACUGUGUUCUAGGUUCUCUUAGAUUUACUUUUCAUUAACCUGCAGCUUAUUCAUUACUUCCAUCACUGCUUUUAUACCUUGCCUGUAAAUUUACACUGGCGCUGGGAACUGGUUUGUAAAUGUUACUGUUAUCUAUUAAAGAAACUAUGAAUGCCCUUCCUUACUUGCUGUCAAACCAGCUUUCAAGUGUUUGAAAGGACAGUCUUUUUAGAAUAUGCUAUAUGAAUGACAAAACUAAUUAUUACAAAUAACCAUUUCUUAAAAUGAAGCCAAAACAUGGUACAGUUGUCAUUCUGUAAGUAGACGUAGAAUCAGGAUAUUUUGAGCCUUGAUUGCCUCUUAUCCAUAUUCUUUAGGUGCUGAUCUUGCCUUUCCAGCUUCAGUCCAUGACAAUGUAGUCUGCAGUAAAACCUUUCAAAUUCUUUAUAAAAAUGAGGAAGUGUCUGUGGAUGAUGUUAUGAUCUUCAAAAUUAAAAUGCUGUUGGAUGAAAGAAAGGUAAUAGCAUAUAUUUAACUGUUAAAAUAGCUUGAUGAAUUAUCACACAAUCAAUCCUGUGUGCACUAGGAACAACAACAGUAGAUGUAGACAUACUCCCGCAGCAUCCCUGGGUGCUACAGCAUUGCACACCAAUAUUGCCCAUUCAGGGAAGGCAGCCAGUAAACAUGCAGCAGCAGAAUAAUGCCAUGACAUUCUCCUGCCCAUUACAAACACACUCCUUCAACAAGACACAAGAAAACUCCCAGGAAUAGAUGACAAUACAGUCUCCUAUAGCCCCAUUGAGUUGGAAGCAUGUAGAGCUCUUCAUUGAUUUCAGUUGGUAGUGCAUUAACUUAGCACUUUUAGCACGUUAUGCCAUUGUUGAAGGUUGGAUUGACCCUGAGUCAGGUCAGAAUUCUGACUAACUUCCACUUUUCUUUCAGUAUGCCCCCAAUAUGCCCAGUUCUUCCCUUUAUCAUGGUUCGUCCACUGCAGAUUCUUGUUGCCAUUCAAAAGGUUAUGACAACAUGAAUUCCCUAUUCCAAUGUGGUUUUGCCCUCAACCAAUACAAGAAGAUUUAGCAGUGAUUCCCUCUCUGCCUUGCAGACAUGGGAGCAUAGCAUUAAAAUAGGACCAUUCUAUAUGAUCAGUAUCCAGGACAAGAUCUAGGAUUCUCUUAGUCAUCCAGGUGUUUUAAAACUUGAUUAGUGUUCACGAAUAAUAAUAAUUGCAGUUAACUGUUCUAUCUGCUGUUCUUUUGUAAGAUCUUUUAUUACUAUAGUUCAACUUAUUAUGCACCACUCUGGAAUUGAUGAGAAAUUAAGGGUGGUAUCUUAAUACUUUUUAGUAAAUUUUAGUGAAUUUGGAAUGCAUGGCACUGUGUUUGUUUGUUUGUUUGUUUGUUUGUUUACACACACAACUUUAUUGCGGUCCAUAGACCCAAAAUACACAGUACAUUUUUAUUUAUUUACAUUGUCGCUGUUGAUUUCAUUUCAUUUUUUGAUUAUGCCCCUAUAUUCAUGCAUGUAUAUUUGUAGUUACCUUCACACUUAUUUGAAGCCACUUUGUGUCCUUCCUAAAAGAGGCUCCUGGGAUGCUGGAGGGACAUUGCUAGAACAACUCUUGUGUUGGGGCAACUAGCUAAAAUGUUUUAAAAUAUUUUAAAUGGUUCUAAUUUUGGUUCCUCUCUUCUGUUUUCGUCAGGAUGAUGUUGGUCAAAUGUUUAGUUAGGGUUGGUGGUUAUUUUAAUUUGGUUAUAACAGUAAACCGUUUAUUAUUGCUAUUGUUGUUAUCGAUUUCUAUUGAUUUAUUGGAUUGUUUGUUGCUCGUAUAGGAUAUUUGGUUUUUUAAUGUUUGAUGCUUUGUUGUGUUUUUAUAUAUGUUGUAAGCCGCCCAGAGUGACUGGGGAAACCCAGCAAGAUGGGUAGGAUAUAAUUUUUUUUAAAAAAGUUACAAAGUCUGGAUAGGAUUGUAUAGUAAAACUAUAGUUUGUAUUAAUAACAAUAAUAUAUAAUUCUUCUUCUGAAAUGCCUGUCUAGAUUGAAGAGUCUCUGAAUGAAAUGAAUUUCCUGCUCUCUUUAGAUCUACACUUUACAGAUACAGAUUAUUCGUAAGUUUAAAACUAAACAUUCAUAUUCUUGCUAUUCCUACUUUUAGAGAAAUGGUUUUUGCUCAGAGUUCUUUGUGCAUCAAGGAAUUCUUUGUUUCAGUGUUGGUGGAAACUGAACCACAUUUUCAUGUAGCGUUCCCCCUAAUGUUAAAGUAAUGGGAAACUGGGAUUGUGAAGUCCAUGGAUGUACUGAAAUUCCUGCAAGCAAAACAGCCCUUGAAUUAGACAUGCACUUUCUAUAAAUUAUUGAAGUUGUGGGUGGGUGGGGGACUAAUUCUUUGAGAGGUUUUCCAGAGAUAGAUGCCUCUACUUUAUUUAUUAUAUAUUAUAUUUUGUUUCCAUCUUAACAGAUUUUUCCAUCAGAUAUUUAUAUUAAAAAUGAUAGUCAAAUUUGUGCAGUUACACAUAUGUAGAUUAUAUUGACUUCAUUGUGAUUUAAUCAUGGGUAGUUAUGUGCAAAAUCCUCUGUAUAGAAAAAUAUUGAGAUGCAUAAGGGAGACUUCAGUUAUUUCACUGGACAGAGCACCACUAUUUCAUUGCAGGUCCUGCAUAUAAAAAAAAUAUAGUUAGAUCUUGAUGGAUUUGUUUUAUAGUAACUAUGGUACAGGAGAUUUGAAGCAUUGAUUUGCAUUAUUGUAGUAUUAAAUUACUUUCAAAAUGUUGGUUAUGAUUAUACUCUUUUUCUUUUAGGCCAGAUGACCUGAGCACAUUGCAGCUAAUUAGCAGCAGAACACUAAAGUUGCACUUUACCUUAAACCGAGGCCUUCAUCACUAUGUCAAUGUUAUGUUUGAUUACUUUCACCUUUCUGUCAUCUCUGUUAUAGUCCAUGCCUCUUUAGUAGCGCUUCACCAACCAUUAAUAAGGUAAUUUAAUAUUGAUUUUAUACUUGUUUAAAUUAAUCAUUUAAUAAAAUGAAAUAAUUAAUUGCUUGUUGGUUUGGUCAUUAAAGUGAUAGUAAUUUAGUUGGAGUGGUGAUUAUUUGAAAUGUGUAUUAUACAUACCAGUGACUAGUUCUAUGUAAACCGUGAGUAUUAUAAAUAUCAGUUCAAUUUAAUUGGAAUUUCUGAUUCAGUUUUUUGUUGGAAUAGAAAGGAGAUGGGAAGCCCAGGAGCUACUGAAUGAUAAACCACACAGCCAUAACUGCUAGAAAAACCCCUGCCCUAGUUUUAAUCAAGUAAUGAAGUGAUGCAGUUCAUGAUUAUUUUAAUGGAAUUUAGAUUGGCUGUUUACUUUGGUGGCCUAGGCUAUGAUAAUCUUGCUUUUAGUGCUUUUAGUACAGGAAUUGUGGCAGUGUUCUGGUUUAUCUCUUUCUCUGGGAAAUUCUGUUAGGGGCAGAGUGCUUAGCCACCUUUCUGCCAUUCUGUGGGGUGAUGUUGGAUUGAAUGGAGACAUCUCUUUGCCCAGCCAUACUUGCCUCCCACCAAACCUGAGAGUAGGUGGAAAUGCCACUAGUGGGAUCUUUACUGGUAGCAGCAUGUAAAAAGCCCCAGAACUGGAUGAACUGGCCUCUGCCUCUCUUUCCUUCCCUCCCUUCUCUGAUGCCCUCUCACGUUUCUGCCUCCCAAAGGUUUGUUGCAGCAGCCCUGGCUACAAGCUCCCCAGGCGAAUGGUAUCUCUGGGCUCGCCAGGAGUUGCUUCCCAGGCCCCUGUGCAGCAGUGUGAGGAAGAACCUCUCUUUGGGGGCGGUGGGGGCGGAGCUACAGCUGCCCAGAGGACUCCCAAGGAGAGGGGAGAAGAGAGGAGACUGAGGGAACACUCCACAAGGGAGGCUUCGAAAAGGGGCGAGGGACUGCCAGCUCUGCAGGGAAGGGGUGACAUAACUGGGCUCUUGAGCCCCACAGGGGUGCCACAGAAAGAAUGUGGUUGGUUAAGGUAGCCAUGGACCCAAAAAGGUUGAAAACCUCUGCUCUAGGGGGUUAAUGUGGGGUGGGGGGUUGGCAAGCAGAGUAAGCAAGGGCAUAACCCCUAGUUUAAAACAUACAUGCUAUAACAUGCUUCAUGUUUAGCGUAAUAAAACACCAGCAGUGAAAGAGGCAAAAUGAAAAUUACUGUAAACACCUUAGCUCAGCCUUCAGCAACCUGACACCCUCCCCAGAUGUUUUGAAAUAUCAACUCUUUAUCAGUCUCAUCCAGUACAGCACUGGCUGUGGCUGAUGGGCAUUGUCCAAAAUGAUUGGAGGGUGACAGCUCAGAGAAGGCUGCGUUAACUCUUCACAAAGGAUUUCCCCCUGCCCUUUUAGAAUACAGUUUGUGUGUUUCCUUUUGUAACACAGCCACUUGUGCCACAGAUUAGUAGGAGAAAGGCAUGGUGGAUUGCUGGAAGGAGAUGAAUCUUCUUAUCCAGAAUUGGAAGCUAGAAGGAUUAGCUGUUGGCUAUGGUUAGUGGCAAAUGGAGAUGAUGAGUUGCCUUUCCUGGACGGUGUUAGUGCUUUUGCUGUCUAUUUCCAUUUCUGUUCUUGGCAAAGGUCUGUCCGUCUGUUGAGGUUCUUCUGUUAUGGUGGCAAUAAUGUCUUCCUCUGAUUUUAUGGUUUCUUUGGAAGUCGUCCUAACUCAGUUAAAAUGUUCUGCUUGCUAAAGGUGGUGGAAGGGAAACAAAUAAUAGUGAUGGUAUUCUUCCCUGAUCAUUCUUCACAUAUAGUGAUGGUAUUCUUCCCUGAUCAUUCUUCAUAUAUACAGUGCACUUCUCUUACACUGAAUGUGUUGAUCGAGCAUCCCAUGAAAGAUCUUGCAGUAGAAGGAGUGUGAAUUUGGAGUCUAGCAAAGUCACAAUCCCACACAGGCAACAAAAUGUGUGGCUACUCCUGGGUUAGACUAGUAAUGUAUGAGUGUAAUGGACAAACAGGGAGAUGGUGCAGAGAAGUUGAUUGGGCUGUAUUUGCUGCUACAGCUUGCACAUUCUCACUCCACAACUUUCCCUUCAGAUCCUAAGCUGGGGGUAAAAGUUUCUUUCACUGACUGUGUGGGAACCUAACGUCCAUAGCUGUGCUUGCUUAUUGCUACUCUAGCCCAUUAUGUUAAUUUAACUUAGCAUAUAUGGUAUAAUUGGAGUGCACUGUUGUACCCUUACUGCAUUUCUGGUUAUCUUCCAAUUGUCUUGAAAUUGCUUAAGUUCUUGUUUUUGUCUUAACAAAAUACAACCAGAAAUGGUUGGAACGGUUUGAUCUACAAGCAAAAGGAAGGAUAAGUGAUACUUAAUUUCUCUGCAAGUCCUGGAUGACACUAUACGAGAUUCUUUCUGCACAGUGCUUUAUUUAGAAACUGUAAAUUUUAGACAGUAUAUGUAAAUAAGACUCUGCAUCUUCUCACAUGUGAUGUAUUUUUUUAACUAAAUCUAAAAUUAGACAUAUAUAUUUGAGUGUGAUUUUUUUCUUAUAUGUCUUCCAACAGCCAAUCUCCCCCCAGCAGAUGGCUGCUUACCAGGCUCUGGGAAGGUUUCACAAGGGCCCUAGGAAGAUGCUGUCUUGCUUACUGGGCUUUGGAAAGGAAGUAUGAGGGUUCUGGGAGCAUCCCAGGACCUCCCACAACCUUCCCAGAGGCCAAUAAACAAGGAAAACCAGCUGGAUACAUGGGUUAUGGGGAAAUAAAUAAAUGGAGAGUAGAGAACAGUGGGUUUUCCCCACUCUUUAUUUAUUUAUUCCUGCCCCCAUAAGCGGUUGCGCUCAUGUAUGUAAAGUGAGCAUAAGUUGCAGACCCACUGCUUAUAUACACAUACACCCCUUGCCAUAUCAAGAACUGCUUUUGAAAGCCACAUUAAUUUCAAAAGUGGUUUACCUUGUGGUAUGGGUGCUGCUGUAACCCCAAGUGAUCAUCGGUAACCGAUAUCACUUACAUAGGUUUUUAGAUUCCAGCCAGUGUUUUCCGUUCGUUCACCUGCCAAAUUAUACUUGCAAACUUUCUACAUUUCUUAUCAGAAUCUGCCUUCUAGAUUCUAGGAGGUACACUGGCACGUACCUCCAGUUGCAGCAGACACCUAAAAGAAUAUGUUGGGUUAUGGCUUAAAAUGAUGCUGUGUGUUCUUCGCCCAUGUGUCUCUAAUUCACCUUGCAUUUCUAUUCUGAAUUUUGUUUUCUCUUCUGCCCCUCUCUCAGACAUUUUUCUUUCUUUCUUCCCCUUUUUUUUUUAGCUUUCCUCGUCCUGUCAAAAAUACUUGGCUAAACAGAAAUGCACCCGCACAGAACAGGGAUUCUGUGAUUCCUUCUCUUGAAAGUGUUGUUUUUGGCAGCAAUUACACCAAACAAUUAUCAGCUGAUGUAAGAUUGUAAUCAUUUUUAUUUUUAUUUUUUAAUUGCUGGAAGAAAUGAUAAAUAUUUAACAACAUUAUUUUUAACACACAAAGCAUUUGUAUCAGUUGCACAAAAUGUGUUAGUCAAGAAUUGGGCAUUUUAGAACAUUUCUUGAAGCAUUGACUACUUUUCGGUGAUACUGCAUAAUAAAGACGGUUUUACAGUGUCACAGUAUUGUUUUCUUAAAUACACUGAGGUUUUUCCUUUAAGUAUUUACUCAAAAGUCCUAUUGAAAAAGUAGUAUGGUACAGGAUUGCAGCCUUCAGCCCUGAAUGUCCUGUAUGUGCAUGGAAAUGUCAUUAGUUUUCUUAUUCUUUGUCCAAUAACAGUUCCUCAUAGCUGCUGCUCUGGAGGUGAAAAUGCCCCAGUCUUAGGGAAGCUUCUUGUAGGCGGGCAUGGAGGGCUACCACCAGACAUGGGGAGCUAAAUGCUGUGUUUGGACACACCUUUUUGUGACCUGACCUUAAUCUUUAAAUGUAAUUUUGCUGUAACUGUUAGUGCUGAAUUGAUAACUUUACAAAUCUAUUUUUAGGGCUGCAGUUUUAUAAUAGCAGAGACUUUCUUGAAUCAUGCUUACAAUCUCCACCGUACACUUUGUGCCAGUUUGCUGAUUGCAUUCAAAGGAUUACAUAGCUAUUUUACCACUUUAUCAAAAGAGCUGCCUUCCUGUCUGAAAUUAGACGCAGGUAUGUGGAACAAAUACUUUAUUUGCUUCUAUAUGUAUCAGCAAGCACUUUUUAUAGUACUAGAUGUCUGCAGCAUAUCUGGUAUUAGUUCAGCAGAUAGUAUAAACAUGAACUCUGUUUUCUGCCCUCAGAUUUAAUAUAUUGCACAGGUUGUCUUUUAUUUUGUUCUUCUUGACUUAAGAUUUGCCCUGUUUCUUUUACCUUUAAGAACAAAUUACCUAAAGUGCAAUGUGCUAUAAUAAAAGGUUAAAACAGUUGUGUUGAAUGGUAGAUCUAUAGCUGUACUUAGUGGUCUGGUUUGCACAUAACACUAAGCCGUGGUUUGUCUGAACAUCUGAACUUUGCCCUGCAGACUAACCAUUGUUUUCUAGGAACAAACUGUUAUGUAAAGCCAUGGUUUCUUGUUGGUUUGCAAACUGUGGUUUGUUUUAACUAUGGUUUGGAGUGAUGUAAAAAUGCAGCAGCCUUUCUUAACCAUGGUUUAUUUUGAUAUUCCACCCUAGAUGCUUGUCAGGCUGCAGAAGCACAAGGCAAAAGCAGCUGGAAAACAAGCUUACGUUUUGGAGAAACAAUUCAUGGUUUGUUGCCUUAACUCUUGAGAUGGCUCAUGAUUUGCUGAAAAAAAUCAUGAUUAAAAGAAACCAUGGCUUAGCGUUAUGUGUAAACACAACCAUUAUCUAUAAUUAAUAUUAGCUAUGCUCACUUAUAAAGCACUGUGCUGUCGAUACUGGUUUGAGACCACAAGGGUGAAUCUUUAGUUAAGAAUUACAAGACAAAAAAGAAAAAAACAUGCUGGCUGUUCUGUACAUAUUUAUCAAAAAUUAUGAGUGGUGGAAGUUAAGGCUUUAAUACAAACUAAAAGUGGAAUUCAACAUUGGGCUAUGAUGAAUGUUCUGUCUGUGCAAGCAUUGCAGCUUGCCAGAUGGAAAAAUCCCCCCUCUCUUCCCACCACAUGCUGUUCUCGGGGUUCUCCCAAGCCCCCCACCCUGGCCACUGUUGGUGGAUUCAGGAGGAAGAGAGGGGUGUAAGCCCUGUUGAGCAAGUGGAAGUCCUUACUCAGGGCUCUGCCAAAGAUUCAUAAAUUUAAAAAGAAGUAUGGUUUUUUUAUACAUUGGUUUAAGUCUAAAUACUCUCAACUAAAGUAUUUAUUGGCUAGACCAGUGUUUUUCAAGCUAUCUGAUAUGAUGGACUGGCAUCUCCCCCCCCCUUCCUCCUGCAAGUGUCAGGGACUGGUACCAUAUUUAGUACCUGAUGCAUCCCACCCAACCAGGGCUGUGAUGGAGUUACUGGGACCAAUGGCCAAACAGGUCUGUGGAUCCGCAUUUUGGGUAGCACUGGAAUAGAUAUGACAUAUAAGCCCAAUUUAUUUUUGCAGUUUCUUAACACAAUAGCUUGUACAACUGUCAUUUUGAAAAUGGGUUUUGAGAGGACUUGAGGUAAGCCAAGAAGAACAUUGCUCCAAAGUUAACAUCUAAACUUUGACCAUAAAACAUUAUUGUAUUGAACAAGAAUUCCUUCCCCUUUCUCUGCUUUUAGCCACCGCCUACCCUUACCAAACAAGACAAAUAGGCUCUGCUUUAAACUUUGAGAAGAUGAAAACGUGUCUUGUGGUUCAGUUUGAAAAAAGAGAAACUCAUAGAUGUUCUUAUAAUAUUACUUACCUGCACAGAAGUGAUGGCUUUAUAUUGGGUCCUCCUGGUUCUUCAACAACUCAAAAUAAUUGUAGCUAUAUCACACACAUUGCCAGUAUGAGCUCAAAUACUUUUGGCUUUAAUUAAAAUAAUAAUCAAAAGUUUAGUCAUUCUUUAUCAAUAUGCUGAAACCUACAAAGUUACAUUAUAGUCCAUGGGAGUUUAAUUCCACCAUCAAAAGGACAUACAGAUGCUUCUAAGCCUUAUCACUUGAUUGAACAUACAGCUUCACCCAAGGAAUUGAUUAAAAUAAUAAUGCAAAAUUUAAAAAGACUUUGACUCGAGGGGUGACAAAAGAAAUUACAAGAUUUUAUUGAUUAUUAUAUUCCCCACUAUUCUUUUAAUACAUCAUCCCUGUUUACACCUGUGCAAACUAUGCAGACUGGCCUAAUUUCAGUCCAGCUGCUCUAGCGCUGCUGCACAUCUCAGAAUGCAGUGUUUAGUAUGCAAACCAGGAUGUCACUUUCUGUGGGGUAAUGACCCCUGUUAUUCAUGUGUUACCAUAUUGGUCUCUUGCUUGUUGCAUAGUAAGCCAAGUUUCUGAACCUCUUGCACAAUAGUGGUUUACAUGCCCUGAUUGUGCUUGUGAAUUGUAUCUAUAUUAGGAUUUAGUCUAUAUUAGACUAAAAAGUGUUUUUCACCAGCAGCAGAUAUACAAAAAACUAUUCAAACAAUGCUUCUCUGUAAGAAUUUAAUCAAGCCCACAUGUUGCAUUAGCAAAUUACUCAACUGUUUUGAAAAAGGGAACUUCAAAGUAGAAAGGGAGUAGCUUUCAAUGUAUGCUUCUAUUGCUGACAGUUUCUGUUUUUAAAAUUCUAUUUGUGAAUUUUUGAAAUUUUUGUUAUUGAAUAUUUUAAUUUGGCCUAUGUAUUUUACAAAAGUGUUUAAUGCCUUAGUUACAUGUGCUAAUACUACUAAUAUGAUUCCAAGCAAAUAUGUUUUUAAAACUAUGAAAUUGCAUCCAGUAAUGUUGCAUCUGUGUAAGUCUGAAUGAAGUCAUUGGGGCAUACUCACAUGCAACUGCACAGCUUUGUAGUCACUAAAAAUAAUCUUAUGAAUGACUUUUGCAAGAUGAUCUAACUAUUGCAUUUAUUAGUUAUAAGCUAUAUAGAAUCUUCUCUUGGAAAAAAUAGCUUUCAAAAUAAUGAGAUUCAAAUGGGAUUCUUGGAGCAAAUAAUCCAGAAAUUCUGAAAUCCUAUUUAAAUUUCAGGAAAAAACCUUGCUUUUCUUUUCUUUUGACUUGCCUUAUAUUCUCUGUCUUUCCUUUUGCCUUCCAUUUACUUAUUUGAUGUACAUUUUUAUUUCAAAAUUGACUUUUUAAAUAAUUUUUAAAUAAAAUAUGCCUCACACAUAACAGAAAUUGUUAGCAUUUGGGCAAUCAUGAUUUAACAAACAAAAACCCAAACAGGUGAUAAGAAUCCAAUAAAUUCAUAAUGUACAUCAUCCAGAACUCCUUAUCUAGAACUUUCCUAAAGUCUCUUCUUUAAUUUUUCUUAUCUAAUUGCACUCAUUACUAGGUGAGUGAUAAAACUUUCUUACUAACUUUAAGGAUAAUAAUAAUAAAACAGAGAUGGAAAAAGGAGUGUAGUAACUAGUCGUGUGUACAAUCCUUAUAACUAGCCAAGCCCAGCAUGCAGGUCCUUUAUGAACGCCUCCUCAGAAGAAAAUAUCUACGAAUCCAGGGAGACGCCUAUAUAGGUAUGUUGUUUUAUUAAGCGGCUUAACCAAUUAGGAUUUGUUAUAAUAAAACAUCAUAGCUUUUUGUUUGUAAAUAAUUCCUUAUAAUUCAUGUUUAAACAGGAUCAAAGAACCUAAAGAUGCCAUCCACACCUUGUGUAAAAGGACUCUUAACUUUAAUCAAAUUAAGGUUGUGUACAGCUCUGUCUGGCCUUUGAGGUGCUGAUGAAAUGAGGUCAUUUCACUGGUAGUUUAGUUAGCCUCUUGUUAAUAAACCAAAAAUGAUUGCAUAGUGUGAUAUAUUCAGUUGUGUAGUAACAUAAUAGCAUAGAUUUAAGUUCUAAGAGCUAAUAUUUAAUACCUGGUUUCUGUUUUGGAAGAAAAAUAUAUUGGGCCUCAUAUUCUCGCUCCCCCUAUCUCUCAGGUAGCCUUUGAUGAAAGCUUGUAUUUUGCUACCAUCUUUAUAAUUGAACAUCAUCAUGCCUAUAAACGCCUUAAUUAGCUAGAAGAUGUGGUAGCUGCUGUUGAUUAGUUAAAUCACAAAAAGAAACAUAUUUUUAGAAUUAUUUAUCGUGGUUUUACAACCUGUGAAUAUAGUUGUGUUUUAGAGUAAUAUCUCUCUUCAUAUGAGUAGAGGCAGGCCCAUGUAGGGCAGGGGUAGCCAUGCUUUGGAGGGCUAAACUGGCCAGGGAACCCCACCAGGAACUGGCUGCUUUUUUAGUUUGAGUUUAUAACUUUAUUCUAACAGGACUCCUGCCCCAGGCCUAAGACAAGCUCUGCAGGGGCCUGAGUAGAGGGAUUGUCAUGGGGUCUAACAGAAUAUUCUGUAUGUGUUGGCCUUUAGCCAGAAUGAGAGCCUAGUGUGUGUUCUAUUCCCUCUGCCCCCAGUCCUCUCUCUCAAUCUAGCAGUGGUCAGGUGUUUAAAUGAGUUCAGACCAAAUUCUUGGCCAGACCUGAAUGAGCAAAUGGAAAGCAAACUACCUGACCAAUGGAAAGCAAACAGAGCAACCUUUCUGGGUAGUGGAUGAUGCAAUGUGUAAACAUAAUUUACAAGGACAAGGAGGGCGGUAUUGGCCCUUAUUGGCAAUCCCUCUGCAUGGAGCUCCACUCAUGCAAACCCAGUUGGUGCCCAUGGUGUCUUCUUUGUUUAAAUAAUAAUAAUCAAAAGAUUCUGCUCAAAGGAACUACCACCAGAUGAAUUCUAUAGCUAUGUGGAUAGGUAAUUGAUUUUUUGUUAUGAUGGGAACUGAUCUACCUCAGGAGUAUCAUGUUUUUAUUGUAUAUUUUUUGAAGAAUAAUUUUUUUAGCUGGAGGGUGAAAUCAUUUGCCCAUAUACUUUGAUGUAAAGUAUGUCAGGUAUAAACAUGGAGUGGCUCUAAUUGUUUUCUUAAUUAACUGAAUUUGUAUGGCUGGAUAUGUGCAUUUUUUCAUUUAGAUAAACUACAAAAUUCUUUCAUAGGUUAUAUGUACAUGAGAUUAUAUUUUAGAAAAUAUGAUUUAUUACAAAAUCUAUACAAAUAUUUAAAAGCCAUGUGUUGUUUUUAAAUGAAUCAAUGCCAUGUUAGUAGUAUACAGAAGGACCAGAUUCUUCAUGAACAGUGUUGGGUGGCUUGGAUGGCAGUGUUGGGUGGGACCAAAGGAAAAAACUGGUGGAACAGCAGAUAUAGCUCUUAUCUUUGUUUCGAAGGCUAAAUUUCUGCCAAGCAAAAGUCAGAGAUACCUACAUACGCACACAAACACACACUUCUAUCCUCCAUGCAGGCAAGCAAGAGGCAUUGACAUUGUUCAAGUCAGGCAAAAGCAGUUGAGAAUGGCAUGGUUCAGCACUGGUGAGGAGUGUGACUUACAGAAAGUUCCAAGGGCCAAACAGAGAGAUUUGGCCCCCAGACCUGAGGUUCCCCACUUCUGGCCUAAAGGAAUGUGUGUGUGCACAUAGAAGGGAGUGUACCUGUAGAAGACAUAACAUCCUUCAUGAAAAACCACACAUUUGUUUAAGAAUAUUUAAAUUCUGUCUUACUAGUUGAAAACCACCCAUAAAGGAAAAAACAACUUUUAAAUGCUAAGGAGACUUUGAUAUGAAAUGCUGGUUAGUUCUCUAGAAGAAAAAUGGUGCAAUUGGGUUGGAUCUAAAGGUUCCAUUUUGACUGAAGAAGUUUUCCAGUGGAGGGUGGGAGCUUUGGAUCCAUCCCACUGGGCAGAUGCAAGCUCCUAGUUACGCCUAAAUUGCUCCUUGUAUAAUAAUAAUAAUAAUAAUAAUAAUAAUAAUAAUAAUAAUUUAUUAAAUUUGUAUACCACCCUAGGCCCACACGUCUCAGGCCAGAAGAGCUAAAGGUGGCACUUAGGGAAACUGUAGUGUGUGUUUACAUUCUGCAGUCCAGACUAGAAUCUCACAUCAGUCUCAUAAUGAGAAACUGAGGCCUUUCUCCAGGUUCCCUCCUAAGAGAAGUUAGGUGGGUGGUAACAAGAGAGAGGGUCUUCAGUUGUGGGUCCAUAUUUAUGGAAUGCGCUUCCUAGUAAAUGUUCCUUUGUUAACAUCUUUUUGACACCAGAUAAGGGCUUGCCUUUUGAUACUGACCAAUGUGAAACUUUCUUUGAAAUUCUUUUCAGAAUAUAAGUGUUUCUUAUUAAACAUUUGUAUCCAAAAUAGUUUUAGCUAACAGUUACUUUAGCUAAGAUUUAUUUUUCAGGAGUUUAUUUCUAGGUGGAAAAAUACUCAGGAAAGAAUACUCAGAUAGGGAAAGUGGAACAAAAAUGAUACAAUCAAUAUUGGAAUACAAAAAUUGAGUGAAAAGCUAAGCUGUCUUUUUUUUUUAACUCUCCAACAAAAGAGUAACAUUUGACUAGACAGAUACGUUUCUCAAAGGAUGGUCAGUGUUGUUUGUUCAGUUUUUAAAAAUAAAUUGAAUGGGAGAACUUUGGGCCAGAAGAUGGGUGGUGAUUUGAAGCUAUAGUAAAUUAAUUUUUAAACAAAUAGUACUUAAUGCUGUAACUAAUCUGCAAAGCUCCUUUUUCAUAUUUAAUUUAACACAGACCACGUUCUUUAUUUCAUGCCUUUUCAUUAAUUUAGGGAAAAACCUAGGAAAUUCAUAUUGACUGUGUGCACAGACACUCUGCUAUUAUUGUGAUUAUACUGCACUUAAAAUCAGAAUUAUUAUUAUUAUUUUAAAAAUCAGCUUAAAUGUAAUGUUGUGAAUCCUGACUUGCCCUACUGCAAAUGGAAGGGACUGAUUCAGCAGAAACUCAUGUGAGCAGAAGUGGGAGAAGCUGUUUCACUAAUUCCCACUACCUUCCACACUGUUUGAGAAGGUUCCCUAACCUUCUUUGUUCAAGAAGGUUAGGGGACCUUCUCAAACAGUGUGGAAGAUUAGUGGGAAUUUGAAAAUUGUUGGUAGGAAGGAAAAAUCAGUGUCUCCUCCUUCCCUCCCCCUAGUGGGAGUGUCAUGAAAAUUGUUCUACUCUUAGGAACGUACAAUCCAAUCCAAAGUGUAAUAAUAAUGCCUCCACUUGACUUUUCCUGUACAUCCUAAUCACCCAUCCCAAUAUUUCAGUAUAUUUAAAUGUAAACCCUUUUUUAUUUUAAAUGCAAAUCUAAAUUUUCCAGAUCACCCAGUAAAUGUAGCUGUAUUGAUUCAAAAGGAAAAAUACAAAAAUCAGGGAACCUUUACUGGGUCACCCAAAAUGCUACAAUAUAGUAAACAACCUUUGGUGUUCUACAGAACUCUUCAUCAUGUUAGAUGUUUUAAAAAAGAGGUGCAUGGAGGAAAGAAGGAGGGAGGUUUGGCUGAAUUGUUGUUUGGUUCUUUUUCCAUCCUUAGAUGAAACACCCAGGUUUCUUCUUAGGUAGAAAACAGGCUUAAAGAAACCAGGUAGUCCUUUACAUUAAUAGGGAUAUAGAUUUAUCUCAGCUGGUGUGUGAGAUAAAAAGAUGGUCAACAGAACAAUAGAUUUACCAAUCUGUUUGAGGGAAUGUUUCCUCAGAGAAUAAAGCCUUACAUUCAGGUAUAUAAGAUCCUCUUCCUCUAGUUUUUGUAUGUUUAAAUUUGGUGUUUCCCAUUUCACACAAAAGGUUUUAGCAGUAUUGGCCAUUAAGAAAAAAUCCAUAUCAUGGCCGUACCUUUAUUGUUAUAAAAUUGGCUGCUUUAUUUUCAGAGAUGGGGACUCUGCUGUUAGUAUUUUUCCUUCCAAGGAAGCUGCAGUGCAAUAUGAUACCUUCAUGGCAUCUAAAAAGGACCUCAUCUGAAUGUCUGCUUCCUCUCACACUCCACCUUAAGAUUCUUACCAGAUGUACUUGAAUGGAUUGAAUACCAACCAGGAAACAAUAUAUUUCUUUCCCUUUUGCCUUGCUUUUUUUUUACCAUUUAACUUGAUGAAGGAUUCUAUAAAACUCAAAAUCUUGCAUUCUGUAUUCUAUUUUGUGACUUUUGGGUAGGCCUAAUAGAGGUAUUGCCCUAAUAUAGAUUAUUGGAAUUCUUUCAAGUUUGCUUUCUCCAGCAAGAUUUUCAUGGUAAAUUGGAACUGGUCUAAAUUUUGUUUGUGCGUUCAGUUUCAUUGUGUUGCUUUUUGGAAGUCUUUCUAAAAUACACAAUCAAAAGAGGUGCAAGUUCAUGUACCUUAUGCUAUGGUCUGGUAACAUUUAAAAUAGUGUUUGAAUAAAUGUGGUUAUGAGAACUUGCUUGCAAAACCAGAAUGAUUUUGUUCUUAGCUGAACUCUCAGUUGAGAAAUUUACUGGAUUUCACAUUGGCUAUAGUAUUUAAGGAACUUCAAGACAACCAAAAAGCUUUGUUUUAAAAAUUGAAUUGAUUUAAAUGGGGUCUCCCUCUGCAAUUUAUAAAAUGUAGCUUAAAAAUUUAGGAAUAUUCAUUUUCCAUACACUCUAAUCUUUUCAGAGAAUAUAGAUGUAGAAGCACGCCUGUCAGAACUCUGUGAAGAAAUAAAGGUAUUUUUUCUCUGAUCCAUGUAAAUCUUAAAUCACAGCUUGCUUGCUUGCUUUCAUUUCAGGGUUUUUUCAGAUGUUGGAUACUGUUUUAAAUAGCUAACUGUGGUUCUAAAGAAUUAAUUUUUAUUUGCAUUAUUUCAUAGAUAUGUGGAUAUGAGUACUCUGGUUGACAUACUUUGCCUAAUGAGCUUUUGACAGAGUAUUUCUACAAAGGCUCCUAUGCAAGCUCAGCAGUCAUGGGAUAAGAAAAGAGGUCUUCUUACAAACAGAACUAGUUAAAAAGGCUAAGAGUAGGAACAAGUAGUUCUUAUGGUGGAAGGAAAUAAGCACUGUUUGGGGCUUAUAGUACUGUAUGUUAGACAUGUAAAUACUGUAAUUCAUAAAUGAUAUGGAAGUAUGAGGAGUGAGACAGAUGACACCAAAUUCUGUAGGAUAGUGAAAAAUCCAAAUUGCUACAAAAUGCCAUGUGUGUAAGCCAGUACAGUAUAAACUAAUGCACUUUGGGGCAAAAGCUACCUUAUGUACGUAUAUGUACAGUGAUAAGAUUGAACCUGUGGUGGCUAUCCAGGAGACCAAGGGGUAGAUUGUAAGCAACUCAAUGCAGAAAUCGAUAGCAGCUAUGGAAAAGGCAAAUCACAUUCUAAGGAUUAUAAAGAAAAUAACUGAAAAUAAAAGGGCCAGUAUAAACACAUUUAUAUACCAGAGGCUUUGAAGUUCUAAAGUUUGAAUACAGACUGUAGUGCCAUUUUUAAGCUUAAGGUUGAUUACCAAUUAUUAAACAGUCAAUGCCAUUACUCAAAGGAAGGCAAACGGAUAGAUGACUUUGAAUCCCUUUCCAUUUUUAAAAAUUUAAAAUGCUUUUAAUCUUUAAAGAUGCUUUUAAGAAGGAGAAGAAUUUUUUUAUGACUUUCUCAAAGUACUAGAGUUUCUACUUCUAAGAAUACAAGCUUGUUUGUUUUCUCUGUUGGUGCAGAAAAUGGAGAAUCCUGAUGAACUGGCAGAACUUAUAAACAUGCAUCUUGCACAGCUCUGUUCACUUCUGAUGGCUUUAUGGGGACAAUUUCUCGAAGCCGUUAACUUCCAAGAGGAUAUCACUGCAUUGCUAGCACGAGAGCAUCAUACAAUGCGUGUAUGUAUUCAUUCUGUCGUGAUACAACUUUUAAGCACAGGAGUGUGUCAUCCACGAAACUAAUUUCUAAAACAAUGUGGCUGGUUUAGCUCUUAAAACUAGGGGUCUUUCUGUCCAAAAAACAGCUAUAGUGUGUGAGAUGGAGGGCUGCUGUGCUGCCCUCCCAGCUGUGCUGCUGCUGCUUGCUGGGGCAGGCAUCCAAUGCCCACCUCAGCACCUCCUUACUGUGGCCUUUCAUGGCAACCAGCUGUGCCACCAGUACUGGGAGGGUGGUGCAGCAGUGGUGCCCCAACUCAUGCACCAAACAACCCUGAAGGUUAUAACAGUGCAGCUCAGUACAUGUCUACUCUGAAGUAAGUCCCACUGAGUUCAGUGAAGCAAUAAGUAAUUCCUGGGAAGGCAACAUUCACGUAGGAAGGAGCAACACCACUGGUCCUGAGAAUGUGAGUCUUUCAUAUUCGUAGAUAAUAGGUAAACCCUUCAUAUUUGUAUUACCAGAGUGACAUGGGAAGAAAGCGCAAGGAGGCACUUGCAUGCUGCUUCCAGUAAACGUGAAUUGGCUCAGAUUUGUAGUACCCAGACAACACUUUCAAGGGUAUUAUAGGGAUGUCUCACUAAUUGCUGUGGAAAACUGAUUCCUUGGCUUGGAGGACAUCCUAUUGAGGAAGUAGGAAGCAAUCCUUUGGAAAAGACUUGGGUAACGAAUGGGAUAUCCAUUAAGUGUGUGGAAGGGCCAUCUGAGCAUUAGAGACCUAGAUACAUGAGUUUGUGAUAGGUAUGACAUGUCUGCAACCUUAUUCCUCAAAUUAGUCCUCUAAAUGGGCUGUUAGAAUGGGCAUAGUGUACACCAAUGACACGAGAAAACGUAGUUGAACAUUCAUGGAAGCCAAAUUCAUAUUAGUAGGUGGAAAGAGUGUGUCAUUCAGUUGGACAAGUCUGAGAACCUUUUGAGUUGUUGAAACACUUUGAAUGUUCCCUUUUUACUUGUUUCUACAUGGGCAUAACCUGAGACACAGUGCACAGCAUACAUUUAAGCACAUUAUUCCUCCAAUAACCCUAGAGACUGUAUCUUAAGGGUGCUGAGAAUUGUAGCUCUGUGAGAGAGAAACUACAAUUCCUAGGAUUCUUUGGAGGAAGUAAAGUGCUUUAAAUGUAUGGUGUGUAUGCAACCACAAUGUAAUUCUGCUUACCUUACUAAAUGUUUUCUAUAAAAAAAACACCAGAUUGCAACAUAUUUCUCAUUAAAAUAUACAACCACUUAAAUGGAUUAAAAAAUGAGUUAUUAUUUUGAAAGGUUUGCUGCAAUACUUGACCCAGGUUAAUUUGCUAUUUCAUGCCAAUUUUUUUUGUGAAUGUGCGUGUUUUAAAGUUUAUGGAACAUGCACUUUUACUGUGACUUAAUAGUAUAGAUGUGUUAUGUGUGUGUGGUUUUUUAUAAGAAAAGAGAGUGAUGAAAGUUUUACUUCAGUGUGAACUUUUUGUUUUAUUACUUUGAAACAUUUUAGGUACGUAGGUUUUCUGAAGCUUUUUUUUGCCUUGAACAUCCAAGGGAAGCAGCGCUUGCAUACCAAGAGCUACAGUAAGUACCUUUAAAUUGAAAAUAUUAAGCCAUAGCUCACUAAGCUUAUUUUGUUACAAAGUUAAUUAAAACUUAAUGUUGGAUAUUGUGGGUUGUAGUCAACUAGCUUUCACUCAGAGUAGACCCACUGAAAUUAAUGCAACUAAGCUGACCAUUAAUUUCAGUGCAUGUACUGUUGAGUAAAAGCUAGUUGACUACAACCCACAAUAUCCUACAUUAAGUUUAUUUCAGUGGAAGUUUUUAUGAGCAGAGCAGGCCAUUUUUCACCAGUUCAUUCUUUCUCCUGUAGCCCCCCUACUCCCCAAAAAGAUCCUAUUCCAAAGGGUUGUGGGACCUCCAGAAUAGUGUAGCAGGUAGUAUGCUGGGCUACAGGUGCAAGGAGGAAUUGGCAAAAAAUUUCUUAGCCCCCCCCCCCAUUCAGAGAAAUCUUCAUUCAGAGAAAUAUUUUCUGGAUAAGAGAAGCCUCUAUAAAUGGAAGAAUAGCAUUUAGAUUGGGAGAAAAGGAAAUAACUAUUAACCUGCAGUGGAAGAAGAGAUCCUCAGGUGUGUUGAGCCUCUUAUCAGCUUCCCAGGCCAUGGAUAUACAUAACAGAAAUCGCUUGCCUGCUGGUGAGACAGAGUCUCCCUUCCCUAGUUCCAAUCCUACCCAGAUCCUAUUUACAGGGCAUUGGCAGAGCUGUACCAAUUUUAGGAUUUGGCAACGUCUGCUCUGUUUCCUUUCCUUUUUGUCUGUCUCUGGCUGGAAUGGAUUUUUUUUUAAGAAAAAAGAAAAAAAUCAGUAGGAAGAGAGUGAGAUCAGAAGCAUCUAGAAGGUUGCUCCUGUAAUGUUUCCCAGCAGCAACAGAGAGUCCAGCCUUGCACUCUUCACUGACUCACUGGAGAAUUCAUUGGAGAAGUCCUCAACCUGGGCUUGGUUAGUAGAGCAAACACUGCCUGUGGCAGUGGCUCUGUCUCUUUGUCAGCACUUGGCCCAGCUUCUGGGCAAGGCCCUGAGUUUAGUGGGAGAGAUCCCAUCAACCGGGCCAUGGCAGAAUCUAGCAAGGACAAGUCUGGUGAAUAUGGGACAUAGGACUGCUUGCCACGGGUUGCCUCCUUUUUGCUCAUCCCCUUCCCCAUCAUGGAUCCAGUUUUGGCACUGGAUUUUUAUUAUCUCCUAGUAUGCAUGAGUUGGUGUUAAGAAGCCCACUAGAAGCAGAAGCUAAAAACAAGGGUAGAGAAGAAAGGGGUUAAUAAUCCAAUGUGUUUUGCAAGAAUCCAAACCAAUGGUGGGAAACUAUUUGAGAAUGUUGAUAGCAGCUCAGCCUUCUGUUCAAACCCUAGACCUGGGGAGGAGAAAAGCUGGGAAUCUUCCUGCUUUUCCCUCCCCAUGCAUGAAUCUUGCUGCCAUUCUGGCUUCUGAAAAAUGAUGUUUCAAGCACCAGCAGUCUUGCAUGCAAUGCAGGGUGCAGAGAUCUUCAGGAGAUGUUCUAUUUUUGUUUGUUUUUAUGUUGUACAUCAUGUGGAUUUUAAAAAAAGCAUUAAGCUAUUUAUAUUUUAAAUAAUACAUUCUUAUGGCUGUAUGUAUUAAAAAAAACUUGCAUCUGACACUUUCCCCAAACGUGAGGUGUGUGAUGGCCUUUCAUAUACAUUAGCAUGGGGAAUCAGUCACCAUCAAGAUGUUGCCAGACUGAAGCUCCCAUUAUCCCUAACCAUUGACCAUACUGGCACUAAUGGGAAUUGGAGUCCAGACACUUUCUGGAGUGGGACAGGUUCUUCAUUGAUACAGGCCAGUUGAAUCUUAAUGUUGGCCAGUUCUGCCAGUGGAACUAUAUUCAGACUGUAGCACUGAAUGGCUGAGAGGAUUUUAUUGAUUCAGCCUCUAGCACAAAAAAAAAGCCUAAGAAUUUGAACUGUUUCCAGAUGUAAGAGUGGUCGUUCUUCAGACAUGAACAGUUUUCAUUGACCAAUGUAAAACACUUUUAUCCACAAAUGUUCUCCUUUUAUUAUUCCAUGGAUCCUAGCCCUUUUUACCUACUGUCAUGUAACUUCCUAUAUAUCCAAUAUAUCCUUCAUUUUUACUACACAUUUAUAGCCCUGCUUUGCAAUUAGAACAGUACCUGGAUGGCACUGGUCCAAACUGCUGUCACUUCUGCUGGUAAAUACAUAAAGGUUUUUCUUUAAUCAAAUCUAAUUUAGGUGUACUGAAUGUAAUUUGCAUUAUUAAGACUUGACCUUCCAUUAGUGUUCAUGUUUUAAUUGUACCUUAUUAAAAUGCAGUUGUAUUUUCAGUUACAGCUUAUUGUCGAUGUUUACUUUUUUUACAAAUAUUUUAACAUAAGAUUGUAUCUUUCAGUGCGCAAAGUUACCUUCAGAUGUGUACUGCCAUAAAAAGCACCUCCUUCUGUAGUUCUCUGCCGCCUCUCCCUACUGAAUGCAGUGAAUUAGAUGGUGAUCUGAACUCCUUGCCUAUAAUCUUUGAAGAUCGGUAUCUAGAUUCUGUUACUGAAGGUAAAUCAUUGGGUUUUGUCUGGAGGGGGGAUUGAAAUAAAAGUUUAGAAAUUUUCUGUCCUGAAAAAAAUAUGAGCAUGUUGCCCUCCAGAUGUUGUGUAAUUCCAGCUCCCAUCAGCCAGCCAGCAUGGCCAAUGGGCAAGGAUGAUAGUCCUACACCAUAUUGAUGGCGUCAUGUUGGCUACCCUUGCUUUUACACAUUGAAACAUACUAUAGCCAGAAUCUUAAGGGUGUGUGCACUGAAGCUUUUGUGGCUUCCAUUUUUCGCUGCCAGUCCUUUUGCUGCAUUGGGGGCCUAACCUGAUAUUUGAGAGAAUCUUCUCAGGUCGUAUAUGGUACUACAUGGUACGACAGUUACAAGGGAAGUCUCAAAAAAACCUAUUGCAAAUGUGAAAAGUUCACCACCUUCCCCUAGAACUCAGCAUAUUUAAAUACUAAUUAAUAUUUAAAAAUGCAUAAAUUGUCUGCUUUAUUUAUUGGUUGAUGAGAGUCUGGAGAGUGGCCAUAGCUUAGUAGUAUAGCACAUGUUUUAUAUGCAAAAGUUCCCAGGGUCAGUCCCUGGUACCUGCAGGUAGAGCUGGGAAAUCCCUGUGCUACCAGUCAGUGUAGACAAUAAUGGUCUGAUUCAAUAUAAUGUGGUUUCCUAUUUAUCUAGAGAUAAAUGAAUGCUCUUGAAACACAUUCUUCACUUACUCAUAUUUUAAAUCUAUAAACUGCAAAUUAGUAAAAGUUUCAGGUGUAUAAUAAGUUACAUUGUCUUGCCUUUUUAUUUUAAAUAAGAGAUGGAUGUACCGUGGCUGACAGCUCAUCAGAAGUCUGACUCCAAGAAGCCAGAUAAACCAGAUUCUGAAGAAAGUUUUAUGGCUAGCCCGGAUUUGAAAAACAGACCUUCAGUUGCCUCCCAUGCUUGGCACUCAGAAAGUGAAAAACAAUUCACAAAGUCUGCAAAAGUGCAAUGUCAAGAGGCAAACAAAUCCAAAGUUAAGGUUACUAAAUUGAUGAAAACAAUGAAACCUGAAAAUCCCAAAAAAUUAGUAAAACAAAACUCUAAGGACUCUGUAGUCCUCGUAGGCUACAAAUGCUUGAAAAGUGCAGUACCUGAGGACAUCUCAAAGUGCUUUGAAGGUAUGCCUUCAUUGGACCAGAAAGAAGGGCUGGAUUCUGCAGUUGGUGGCCAUGCUUCCGAUGCGAAGAACUUAAUGAGGCAAAUCAGCCAGAAAGAGUUUAGAAGUUUACCAUGUAGAACUGAACAAAGAACUGCCAAACUGGAAGGGAAUGAGGAAAGCCACCCCAGUUCUAUCAUCUCUCAUUGUGCAAAUUCAAUUCUUUUGGGUAAAUCUGAUACCCUCCAAGCAGGCAUUGGGGGUACUCAUGGGGGCAGCAGCUUGACCCCCAGAAGUACUGUUGAAGACUCUUUUGGUUCACCGGGUGUUACAAAAAUAGAAGUAAAACCAUAUUGUAGGAAUAUUUGUGGAGGAGAUAAAGUUUUUGUUCGUAUUGGAUUACAGACAGAAGGCUCACGUAGAGAGAAUUUGCAGGAGCCCACCUUUGAAAGUUCAGAAUGCGAAAGAAAACCUAAAUCAGAAGAACCACAGCUUGAAAAGGAAGUUGCACAAGAAACAAACUUCCAGCAUACUGAGGAUUCCUUCACAAGGGUUGGCACCAACCUGCCCAUUCAAUCUACAAAAGAAACUUCUGUUGCAGUUUUAGGUGGAGACGUACUUAAGUUGCCUGAUCUUAGUAUUACCUAUGCAUCAUCUAGGUUUUCGGAUUCUGGUGUAGAAAGUGAACCUAGUUCUUUUGCAAUGCACCCAAGUACGGAUGUGGCUCUUGAAACUCCUCAAGGGCAAAGUGCAUGCAACAAUGAAAGAAUAUUUCCUCAACUAUUGCUUAAACCAGAUAAUAAUAUUAAAAACCCAGUAGAGAGUCAUUGCACUGAAAGUACGAGUGCUGUUAGUGAAAUACAGUCCUCCCUGACAUCAAUAAACUCUCUGCCUUCUGAUGAUGAUCUGUCCCCUGAUGAAAACUCAAAGAUAUCCGAUGUACCUGAAUGCCAGUUAAGUGAUAGCAAAACUGUUUUAGACCUGGGAGCAGUUGAGUUGACAACAUGUGAUGACAGUGAAGAAACAAAGGUUUUGCCACAGCAGUAUGUAGGGUAUUCAGGCAACGAAGCGACAUUUCUGCCUUCCUCAUCCUCAGAUAAAAAAUGUCCACUACAACUUGAUGAAAGUACAUCUGAGGAUGUGAACUCUCACAACCUGCAACUGAAUAUUGGUGCAAUUUGUAAUGAUUCUCAAAGACUUGAUAAAAACUUGCACAGUGUGGAAAAAACAAGUGAAAUUCCUUCAGGAGUUGUUUAUCUGGGCAAGUCCUGUGUUGUUUCAGGUUCAGUGUCUAGUUAUCCAGAGGGCAGCGUGAAGCAACCAAGUGAAAGAAAAUGUAGUGAUUCUUUAGAGCAAAAACAACUGUCUGAUCAGUUGUCAGCUGCAAAAGAUGAAAAUCUCACAAGCACGAACAUCGUAUCCUCGGAAGGAGGUAAUGAUAUGCUGAAGCAAGGACUUGUGGAAAACUACUUUGGCAAUCAAAGCAGUACAGAUAUUUCCAAAAUACAUUCUGCUGACAAUAGCAGUACAGUUAGCCCUCAAAGGGGAACAAUCUGUUCCAAUUCAACAGAAGAGGAGGAGGAAGAGGAGGAGCAAGAUCAAGACAUGGUUGAAAAUGGUUAUUUUGAGGAAGCAGAUGAUAGUAAUUUGUAUGGAGCCACAAAUGAUGCUGAGGAGGAUCUUGACCUAGCAUUUGUGGGACCUUUUAUAACAGAAAUAUUGAAUAGUGAUUUUUUUGAGGAGGCAACAGACGUGGCUCCACUGUGUGCUCCAGGUAGUUUGGCUGCUCCCACUGCAUUGAAAGGCUAUCCGUGUGGUGUGUUAUGGUCUUCGAAAGACAAAUCGAAUGCCGUUCUCAAUCAACCCUGCAGCAUGUCCUGCAGCACAGCUGCUUCUGUCUCCUGGUAUGAGUAUUCUCCCAAGCCACAAAAGCUAGCGUAAGUGCUAUGGUUUAAAACAAUUGUUUUUAAAACCCAGUUUAAAAGGAAAAUAUACAAACUUCAUUUGCAUUUUAUUUUUUGGGUUUGGUUGUUGUUUGCUAGUUUUCUUCAUUUUGCUACACCUAGAAUUCCAGGUUAUUUCCACAUUAAAAUAUAUGAAAGUUUUGAGGUAUGUGCAUAAUGACCAGGACUGUGAUCCACCUGUGAAGGGUGAGGAAGAUUAUUUUGAACAGAGUUGAAUUGAGCGGACUUGCUGCUAGAAUGAAAGUAUAAUCCACCUUAGAUAUGUUCUUGACCUUUGUUUCAUCACGAAAUUUUAAAAAGAGCUCUUAGAAGACAUCUGAAGGCAGCCCUUUUUAGGGAAGCUUUUAAUGUUUAAUAGGUUUAGUAGGUUGUUGUAUUUUAGUGUUUUGUUGGAAGCCGCCCAGAGUGGCUGGGGAAACCCAGCCAGAUGGGUGGAGUAUAAAUAAUAAAUUAUUAUUAUUAUUAUUAUUAUUAUUAUUAUUGCAGCACACUACACAUACACACCGCAGCUUGCAACUUCGUAUGGGAGGAAGAUCCCCACUAAUACCAAUAGCAAGUGCAGGGGGUGGUCCAAUUCUGGUUGGGACCAUUGUAGGGGCAAAAGGUUAAAGUCCCCAUCUUGCCAUGACACAGAUGCAAUCCAGCUUCCCUGGUGCUGGCUAUUUUUUUUUUCUUCCUAAAACCCAACUGUGCAGUGCCAAACCAUGUUAUAACCUUCAGAACUAGUUUGGCCCCCAGCUUCAGCGUUUUCAGUAUGGGGUCCAUUUCUGCAGAGAUGGUUUGCUGGGUGUUGCUUUUGGUCAUGAAUUGCAUCCUGAUUGCUAAAUAAGACAUGAAGUGGAGCAUCAGGAAUGACUUUUGAAUUCUAAGCAGCUUAUUACAGUCUCAAUCUCCUGGGUUAUUCUGCAAGUGAAAUAGUUGUCACAGCAUAGCACAAUGCCAAUACAACAUGGUCACAUGAAACGCUGCAAACCAAGAUGGUUAUGCAAAGGUCUGCAGCCUUGUGUAGAUAUUGAUCUUUGCUGAAUGUGACAGAGAUCUUGCCUGUGCUGCUUCUGGAAUAGAAACGGCAGCUAGAGGAUUCAAAUUGAAGGUGGUAUGGAGAUUAUCGCCUUUUUAAAGCAUUUUUGCCACGGGGAAUUAUCUGUCACUAAUGCUGUGAACUGCUGCGAGUGGUAUGGUGUUGUAACUAAUUGAUUUUUCAGCAUAGCAAAUGGGAUUGCAGUACCUUGCAAAGGGCUAGGCUGUAGCUAUAUUGCAAAGCCAUAUUUUGGGUGGGGAAUGUGUUGGCCUUAAGUAAUUUGGUGAGCACAUACUCUCAAGGCUUUCUGAUCAGAGAUACUGGAUUUGCAGUGGGCUAUAAUUUUAAAUAUAGAUGAACGGCAAGUUAAACAAAUCAAAUGAAUGUAACGUACUUGCAUUUACCAAACUGAGUUAAAUAAAAUCUGCUUGUUUUAGAUUCCUUCAUGCUAAAGAGGAACUGAAACUACUUCAGCUCCCUGGAUUUAUGUAUAGUGAUGUUCCCAGACUGGCAUCUUCAGUACCUUAUUUCAGCACAGAAGAGGAGGAAAGUUCAGAUGAUGGCAUUCAUCUCAUAGUUUGUGUGCAUGGCCUAGAUGGUAUGUUCUAGCAGCUGAUAAUGGAUUAGAAAAUACUUUAGGUUUCCGAUAAAGUUUUGGUUUAGAUUGAGAAUUUGCACUAAACCAGAAGUAGCCAAUGUGAUGCCAGCUGUUUUGGGCUACAGCUCGCAUCAUCCCAUAUAACCAAUGGUCAGGGAAGAUGGGAGUUGUAGUCCACCACAUCUGGAGGGGUACCACAUUGGCUACCCCUGCUUUAAAUAAUACUGAAGAAAAGCAGGUUUAUUUAAGCAUAGGUAUACUACCUGUAUCUCCUGGCCUCAGCAGGUAGUAUUUAUAGCUUUGUAGGCCCGGUGUCAAGAGAACUAUGUUCUUAACAAAUCUUUGUGAAGGCCACUGUUGCAAGAUACCACUAAACCUAGGUGAUUUGUACAUUUAGGAAUAAUGAAAACAUGCUUUUAAAAGUUAUUUUUUAAAAAUCCCCUUUAUGCCACAGGCUAUCAGUGGCAGUCUUUGGGCUCUCACGUUUCAGUGGUGCCCUAUGUAAUGCUAAAAUUUGCUUUCCCACAUCUCCCACACACCAUUCUACAACAUUAUUGUAACUCCCCCUGCACUCAGUGCGACCGCAUGGAAAGCAUUUAGCACAGCAUGUUAAAACUAAAAGAUUUUUUCUUAAUUGAAUUUGAUAACAUUUUGAGAAGGCUUUUCCUACAACUCUCUGAUCAGGCAUAAUUGAAAAUGAGAAAUGCAAUGGGAAAAAGGAAGGAAUGCACUUAUUAAUAAGAAAUCACACAAGAAUGAUUUCACAUGCAAUUUAAUAUGCCUAUUAAGUGACUUAAUAUUUUAAAUGGAAUAAGUUUAGAACCAGGCUCUGGUGCCUAAUGGAGUUGUCAAUUUUUCUGGCUUUUGUUGCUUCUCUACCUGUAACAAAUGGUUAGUUAACAUAAGCAGGGGUCAUCUUGUUUCUCAGGCCCCACAAUCACACCAUCUGAUUUCUGCACAUGGUAUGCUUGUUAAAGGUGAGGGUUUUAAGUCAAUUGGCAAGCUUAACCUUUAAAAGUUACAAUGGGGCGGGGGGAGGAAGGAAAUUUAGCAAAUAAAGCAUAGUCUCACAGUUGCUCCUAAAUGUCCCUCCUUUUUCCUGAAAGCUGUCCUGUGCCUUCAAAAGCUGCCCAUCAGAAAUCCACCUGCUGUGCACCUUAAAGAUAUCACCAUGACCCAAAAAUGCUUUUCAAACAGUUUUGACUUAUCUCCUGUCAUUCCUUCUUUCCAUCUCAUUUACACCUAACUUCUAACGUUGUGACGUAUUUGAAAUGUAAACACUGGUCUGUGAGGAUCUUGUCUAGUAACAAGAAGGUUCUAAACUCCCAGGGGCUAAGACUGGUCAGAAACUGUUGACUUUUUUAAUAUAAAAACUAAAAGUAUAUUGCACAACUCAAGGAUAAAAGCACAUACAGUGGUACCUUGGUUUAAGAACAGCUUAGUUUAUGAACAACUUGGAUUAAGAAUGCGGCAAACCUGGAAGUAGGUGUUUUGGUUUGUGAACUUUGCCUUGGAAGCAGAACAUGUUCCACUUCUUGUUGAGUGUAAAUUGAGUCCCCCGCUGCUAUGGGAAAGCACGCCUUGGUUUAAGAAUGCUUUGGUUUAAGAAGGGACUUCCGGAACAGAUUAAGUUUGUAAACCAAGGUACCACUGUACUAGGCAUUCCUGUUAACCUAAAACAAGCAGCAGAUUUCCUGAAACAUUCAGUACAAAUGGCAGAAUCUUUCUGGAAAAACAACCCAGUACAGUCAAUGGAAGAAAAAUGCACAGAACAUGUUAACAGGGUGGAAUCUCUCCACUUUUAACUUUUAACUCAUUCAAAACAAUCCAUUUCUUACCCUUUUUAACCCAAAUUUGGCACGGACCAUCCUCACACUGCCAAGACUGAAAGUAAACAGUUGAGCCAUUAUUCUAAUAUAACCCAUGAAACCUGCUUCCCACUAUAUUCUAUAUUUGGAAGCAAAAACAAUGUUUAUAUUGCAGUUAGCAGAUCUUUGAUUUUAGUGCAGGUCUCAAACCAGAAGAAUACAAUUGGCACUUGUACAAUGUUACGCAUAAGCAUUUUAACUUAACAUUUUUUGAAAGUAGGCAUUUCAAACACCUGAUCUUCACUUCUUUAUUUUAGGUAAUAGUGCAGACUUAAGACUAGUAAAGACUUACAUUGAACUUGGCCUUCCUGGAAGCCGUAUAGAUUUUCUGAUGUCUGAAAGAAAUCAGGUAUUUGCAAGUGCUGAAAAGAUUUAUUGUUAUUAUUUCUAAUUCAACACUCUAUGGUUAGUUCAUAUAGACUGAUUUAUCUCUAAUUACUAAUCUCUUCGUAGGUUGCAAAGUUAACCUUGCAGCUGCCGCUGCAAUCCUGUACCUUUGAGUCCAUCUCAGUUAACUCAGUGGGACUUACUUAUGAGUAGGCAUGCAUAAGAUUGUACCAUAGAAAUAACUCUGUUUUUACUCUUCACAGAAGAGUGGUGAUCUGCUAGAGUUCUCUCACUGUAUGCUAAUAAGUGAAAAUUUCAUUGUGCUUUAGUGGUUUUGCUGUUAAAAGCUGUAGAACAGGCUUCCUCAACCUCGACCCUCCAGAUGUUUUGAGACUACAGUUCCCAUCAUCCCUGACCACUGGUCCUGCUAGCUAGGGAUCAUGGGAGUAGUAGGCCAAAAACAAGGUUGAGGAAGCCUGCUGUAGAAUUUGGAAUUUUAUUUUAUAAUGCUUUCUUUUUCUGUUGCACAUAGUCAUACUUCUAAGAUAUUUUGCCUUAGUCUUGAAAACAAAGCCUCUUAAGGAAAUAGUAUAGUAUAGUUUUGCCUUUGUAUAUAAAACGUGGCUGUUUUGAGACAUUUAAAGCAAACUAUCCUCUGUGAGAAAACUAUCCUCUGUACAAAAAGUAGCUCCCCCUCCAAAAAAAAAAAAUUCUUUCAUGGGAUUACUCUUUAUUAUCUUUGAUAGUUCUUAUCUGUGAUGUCAGAGCAAAUGACUAAGAAUUUGUUUUAUCGCGAAAUGACUUCAUUUAGAACACUGAACUUUCCCCCCACAGAAUGACACAUUUGCUGAUUUUGAUUCAAUGACAGAUCGCCUUCUGGAUGAAAUAAUACAAUACAUUCAAAUUUACAGCCUAACAAUUUCAAAAAUCAGGUAACUGAUCCAUUUUGUGUUUUAUUAGUUUUUCCGGAAAAGCCAACUGCAACUUGUAGCCAUGAUCUUGGGUUUUAAGGGAAGCACACAUUUUGAAGAAACUACUAAGCUAUAUCUCCUCACACUUGAUUCACGUAUUACAGUUUUUUGUACAUAAAUUUAAGAAUCAGAACGUAUACUGUUACAUUCAUGCACAUAUCUCUUUUAUAAAUUGGAAAGCUGUGAUUGCUCGUUUCCAUGAGCAGAACUCUAACUGAAAAAAUCUGCUCCAGUGCAGAAAGGCAACUCAGGAUCUGAGCCAUUGUUUUAAAAUGCACCAAAAGCAGGAAACUAGCUACAGCAGCUCUGGGAGAUUUAGAUGGCAACGUCCUAAAAUAAGUACUGAAGUGAGUCAGUGAAACCCGGGCCAUAUAAUACCAUAAUGCCAUUAUAUAAAUUUAUGGUGAUGGCAUACUGAGAGAGUUCUAGUCACAUGUCAAAAAGGAUAAUACUGCUGAAAAAGGGGCAACUAAAAUAAUUAGAAGUAUUGGAGCACCUAUCCUUCAAAGAAAAAGCUUGUUGUACUUCAAUCUUUGUCAAGGGGUUUAGGAUUAAGUGAGAUAUGUAGUAGAGUUCUGUUGUUACAAGAGGUGAUGGAAAUUUGAGGGAAAUGUCCUGGUCCUUCGACCAAUGGAGUCACUUAAGGAAGUUUUUUGAUAGUGGGUUCAGGAGACAGAAUUGCACCUCAAAAUACUGAAAUUCACUAUCGCAUGAAAUAGGCGUCUAAUCUUUUUUUUAAAAAAAGAAUUGAGAGAAAUUCAUUGAAAAUAGGUCUCUCACUCUCUUUAAUAUCAAAUUCAAGUUUUGAGUCCUGACAGAAAUGGAGCCAAAAUGGGGCCACUGAGAAAUAAAAGAGAGGUAUCAACAUGCUUGAGGGAAUCAAGAGGUUUGCAGAAGUGCAAAAUAUUUUUUAAAAAAAAUUAAGAGGAGGAAAAACAACAACAAAAUGAGAACACGCUCAGCCAUCAUCAUGUAAUAUUAAGUAUCAGAAAAUAAACCAAAAACUGAGGUCUGGGCAUGGAAUGGAAAUCAUGAGCAAAGGUAUGGCUGAGCACCCUUGCUUAAAAUGUGAGGGUACAUGUCAAAAUCAUUGUUUUAUGUCCCAUCUGCAAGUGGCUGUUAGCCCUGAUAGCUAAUAAUAGUACAGUACAGGCGUUUACUUCUUAGAUCGAUAGAGGCAAAUUACAUUAUUUCCUAACCUCACUGUAUUAACUCUCAAGUUUUCAGGGGAGAAAUCACAACAAGGGAAAGCUGAAAAGGGUUCUGAGUACUUUGAAAUCUGGGUACAAAUUUAUGAGGGAAUGGGUAACAAUAAUAGAUGAAAUUCUGAACAAGAAUAAGGAAAACAUUCUGCUUAGGAACCAACACAGUCUGUUUGUGUUAACAUCCAAGGAAAUCAUUACAAACUACUAUAUCAAUGGUAUAUGACUCCACACGGAAUGAGUAAAAAUUUCAGUAACCAAAAGUGUUUGAGACACGAACGCUUAAAGGCAGAUACGGAACAUAUCUGGUGGACCAGUUGAAUAAUUAAAAUCUUCUGGAGAGAGGUUAUAAAGAUAGUAUCAUUAAUAACAUUUUACGCUUUGUCAUUGGACCCCCUAAUAAUUUUGUUAAGGUAUUUAGAUCCACAAAUAAACCACAAAGAGUUAAGAUAGUAAUAGUAGCCUGCUCGAAUGGUUGUUGCACAGAAAUUGAAAAAUAGGUGACACUACCAGCAGUGAAAAAAUGGUUUGCAAAAACUGGGAAGGUAGCCACAAUGAACAAGCUAGUGGAAUUGAUCAGAUUGAGAGAAGGAAGACAAGAAAGAUAAAUUCAGGAUAAAUUGAAUCCUCUUACUGAAUUUAUGACAAAUAAGUAUAGCAUAAAUGUGGAUGAAUAUAAUAGUUUUUCUAUGCGGUAAAGUAUUAAGUAUAGCAAUUAUAAUGCAAGUAUUUAUUAUAUGUAUGUGUUUUUGCUGUCUUAUGUUAUUAGUGUGUGUGUGUGUGUGUGUGUGUGUGUAUUUAUAUAUUCAUGAGAUAUAAUAAAGUUUAUGGCGACCCAUCUUAACUGUUCAUCUUAAGAUUCCUCUGUAUUGCAGCUACAAAGGAAUGUGGCCAGAUUUCAAUGCUGUUUGCAUCUGUAAUUUUACCUGCCUUCACAUGAUGUCAGGUGAUUGGCAGGGGCCAUGGCUUAGCCAAAAUGGCCUUGAGAACCCAAAGGGGAGAUGGGCUUAAUAAGGCCUGCAGGCUGGAUUCUCCUUACCACCGAUUUAGAGGCAUCUGCAGGAAAUGUGUAUUAUUUGUUGCUGUUUAUAGGUCAUUGUUUGCACCAGUUUUCAUUUGCAAACUUAAAAAAUAAAUAAAUCACCCUCUCCCCCCCCCCACUUCCUGUCUUCUACAGUUUUAUUGGGCAUUCGUUGGGUAACCUAAUAAUCCGUUCAGUGCUCACAAGACCUAGGUUUAGAUUUUACCUCAGCAAACUUUACACCUUCCUGUCUCUGUCUGGACCACAUCUUGGUACACUCUACAACAGCAGUGCUCUUGUUAAUACAGGUAAAAUAGUAAAUUUGUUUCAUGUUGAAAGUUCAAUGGAUGUUUGUGUGAAUACAUAUGUUAUGCUUGCCUCUCUCUCUCUCUCUCUCUCUCUCUCUCUCUCUCUCUCUCUCGGAAAUGAAUGGGGAAGACAGGGUGAAAUGCAUCUUCUACAAACACCUGGAUGUUUGGGGUUUUUAAAAAGAGCUUGGCAGAUAAUUUUCAAAGAAGUUUUAAAUUUAAGCUCUUGGUAUAAAUUUAGCGGUUGGCGUUCAAUAGUGAUCUACAGGGUAUAAGACCAAGAAUCUUACUAGAUAAGCAGGCAUUGUUAAUUUCAGAAAUUAAAGUUCUUAAAUGGAGUUCUUUAGCCCAGAGAACUAUUUCAGUCCAAAAAUGAAAUGUUAAUAAAUUAGUGUUCUGACAUGCCAAUCAAAAUUUCCUUUCUGUAAUUGAAAUGCCAACUCUACAUAAGCAAGACUGUUCAGCGUAUAUGGGUAGAGAAUCUGUAUCUAGAUAGAGCAGCCAGGAUUAAACAAUGAUAGAUGGCCUUCCCUUCUUUAUAUUGAUGGAAAGGAUAGAUAUAAGGCUCCUUGCUUUCUUUUCUUAAAACAGGUCUUCUCAUGAAUAUGAGAAGGGUUGUGCAUAUAUAUACACACACACUCCUUUCUCCAAAUGAUCAGAAGUGUGAAUAUUUGCAUUUUCCAUUUUAAACCCUGCAUAGUAAAUUCUCUUAUAGAUAUGCCUCACAUUAUAAAUAUUCUAAAAUAUUUUUAGAAGUGUUGAACAAUAAACAACCCUAAGGUCAACAAACUGAAUAUUUUGAGAUAUAUAAGGGAACCAAAAUAAUCCUGCAGGUCCAAUGCAGGAAUUUUUGUAUGUAUGUUUCUGUUUAUGAAAUUCCUUUAACACCUUUCAGCUAAUUCUUCCAGUGGACUGCUGUGUACACUGAUAACACAUUAAAAGGAUGUGAAUUGUGAAAUGCAUAGAACAUCCUUGUGAUGAUGUAUGGAAUGAACAUAAAUUGGGGGCUAGGUUACCAGUAACAUAUCACAUUAAGUAUUUGAGUAAAUAUUGUUAUGAUUCUGCUGUAUAUACUCACAUGUACUGUAUAUAAAUAUACAGGUCUCUGGUUUAUGCAGAAGUGGAAAAAGUCAGGGUCUUUAUUGCAGUUGACCUGUCGAGAUCAUUCAGACCCCCGGCAAACUUUCUUGUACAAACUUAGUAAAAAGGCAGGUAAGCAAUAUCGAAACCUUUAAGAAUAUUUUGUUGCUUUUAAUUAGUAAUGUACUUUGAAUUAUACAUUAGUGUGAUAACUUGGAACAACUUGGAUAGUCAUGACCAUAAAAAUGCUUUUUUCUUGUACCUAUGCAAUCACUGAUUUUCAAUUAAAGCAGGUGUUCUAAAGUUUGCCUAUGUCUUCUAAUAAUGAGGUGUGAUACCAGUCCUUUUAAUGCAGUAAUUUAUGGCACUGAUAGAAAGCUUGGAAUCUCAAGUAGAAGAAAGUUCGUUUACAUGCAACACCUGUUUUAUGUUGUACCCCCCAGGAAGCUCAGUGCUACUUUACAUACAUUUUGGAAUGAAAACUGUAUGUGUUAGUUAUACUGUAUAUUGCUUUAGAUUUACCUUUUUUUUUUGUCUUCCCCCAGGUCUGCAGUAUUUCAAAAACAUAGUAUUAGUAGGAUCUCUACAAGAUCGUUAUGUCCCUUAUCAUUCUGCUCGUAUUGAGAUGUGUAAAACAGCUUUGAAGGAUAAACAGACAGGUAAUGGCCAGUACAUAGACAUCUGUGAAGCAAUUUGGCGUUUAUUCCUUAGACAAUAUUGAAGAGAAUAUUCCUCCAUGACUCAGUUUGUGUGGUUUGUUCAGCUUAAAAUCCCUGCUGCUUGUCUUUCCAUUAUACAGUGGUACCUCGAGUUAAGAACUUAAUUUGUUCUGGAGGUCUGUUCUUAACCUGAAACUGUUCUUAACCUGAAACACCACUUUAGCUAAUGGGGCCUCCCACUGCUGCCGCGCCAUUGCUGCAUGAUUUCUGUUCUCAUCCUGAAGCAAAGUUCUUAACCCGAGGUACUAUUUCUGGGUUAGCGGAGUCUGUAACCUGAAGUGUCUGUAACCCAAGGUACCACUGUAUAAGCCAUUGUGGCGUAAUGGUUAGAGUGUUGGACUAGGACCUGGGAGAGCAGGGUUUGAAUCCCCAUUCAGCCAUGAAAUUUACUUGGUGACCUCGGGCCAGUCACCAUCUCUUAGUCUACCCUACCUCACAGGAUUGUUGUGUGGAUGAAGGGGGGGGGGGGAGAGAGAGAGAGAGAACCAUGUAUACCACCUUGAGAUCUUUGGCAGAUAAAAGUGGUGUAGAAAUGUAAUACUGAAGUAUGUCAGGUGUAGGCACAUGACGUUUUUUUAACUGUGGCAUCCUUUCCCAGCUGGUCCCUGCCAAAUGUUUUGGACGCAAGUCCCAUCAUCAUCAGCCAGCUUGACCAGUGUCCAGGGAUGAUGGGAAGUCCAAAAACAUCUGCAGGAGACUGGAUUCGAGUAAAGGCUGCUCUGUGGAAUGCCCUCCCUAAAGGGCCAGUUGGCCUAUCUGUUGCUCACAAUUGUGUAAGAUAGCCAAAACUUGGCUUUUUAAUCAGGCCUUUGGGCUAAACUCACUGGAUUUUUUUUUUGUUCAUUUGUUGCAUGCAUAUACUGGCUUUUACAAGGCAGACAAGGUGGUUUAACUAAAAUAACACCUGUUGAUAUGCUGGGAGGAGGGUUUGAUCUGGGUGGCUGAGGUUUUGUGUUCAUGGAUUGUUUUACGCUGAAGUUUUUUAAUUACUGCUGUUAGACAUUCUGAGGGUUGUUUGAUAGGAAGCAAGAAUAUGAAGGUUUCAGCAGAAUAAAUCAAUAAUGCAACUUUUUAUUUUUAAAUAUACAGGACCAAUAUAUGCUGAAAUGAUCCAGAAUCUGCUUCUGCCUGUUCUUCAAAACAAGGAAUGCAAUUUGGUUCGUUAUAAUGUGCAUUGUGCAUUGCCAAACACAGCCGAUUCCCUCAUUGGAAGAGCUGCACACAUUGCUGUUCUGGACUCGGACAUAUUUUUAGAAAAGUUUUUUCUUGUUGCUGCCCUAAAAUAUUUCCAGUAGGAAUAAACACAUUGUCACAGACUUGGCUAUUACCUCAUUAACAGAUGAAUCAAAUAAUGUGUGAUAUUAAACUGUAGCUGCUGCUGCAUUUUAAGAGAUAUUUAUACUUUUUUAUAUGGAAGGUAAUUUAUAUCGUCCAUGUGAGGAGCUUUUUUAACAUCAACUUUACUUUCUAGGUAAUGUGGCUGUGCAAUAUUUUUUUUUAAUGUUCAUUUCUACUUUUUUCUAUUUUUCUUAUUUUGGGUACCUAAUUAUUUCAGAACUGAGAUUUAAGCACAGUAUGUAAAGUUGGUGGAUUUACAGGUUCUUAGACUGCAAAAGGUCAAUGUUUUUAGGAGUCUUUGGAUGCCAAACAAAGUCCAAAUUUUAACAAGUCUAAGAAGGUAUUAAAUUUGGUUGUCCUGUUUGGGAUUGGAAAAAGCUGAACUGGAAAAAGCAACUGUUGGCUGCUAAAAUAGCUACAAUAACUGUAGGUCUGUUCAAGACCACUCUUGAGUCGCCUGUUUGUUAUAUCACUACAUUCUAACUGUUUUCUACAGAAUCAUUACUGAACAUGCUAUGCCUGUAGAAACUACAUUUUCUACUGAUCUCAAUAGCAUGAUGGUUUACAUUUUCACCUUUACUACUGGAACUUUAGUUUUCAUAAGCAAGCAGCAAUUAAGGAUUUUUGAAUGUUGAAAUGUGAGCUGCCUUCAAAUGGAGUUUUGCAAAGUUUAAUAAAAUUGUUCUUCUGUCGGUUCAGUUCUUCAGUGAACCUUUUACACGGGACUUCCUUGUAUGUACAUUUUUAAAAAGCAAAGGUUAUAAAUUUCUGCAAUACUUUUAUGAAUAUAGAUUUUUAAAUAUCAAGUUUUAUUGAUAACAAACUGCUGUAAAUAGAAAUCAGUUGCAUCUUGAAACAGAACAAGGACUGAUAAACUUUAGUGAUACUGAUACUGUUUUUAAUAUACAGGAAUGUUAAAGGUCUAUUGAAUUUUUAUUGGUGCUGAACAGCAUUGAGAUCAAUAUUCUUCAUUCUUUUUUACCUGUUUCACAUGGUAAUGCACUUAAAGGUGAAGAAAAGGGGUGAAAUUCAGUAGCGCUGUGCCGCUCACCUAGAUCCAGUGGAAGCAUCCAUUGAUGCAAUGGGAGGAGGGAUAAUCCCCCUCCCUGUUGCAGCCCACCACCACCUUCCAUGCUGUUCUGUGCAGCGUCUCAACCCUCUGAAACAUUUUUCUUGGGGGAGGGGGCAUACAGGAGGGUGCAGCAGGAAAGGGAAUCCCCGCCCCUUCUUACAUCGGCAGAUGCCUCCCGUGGAUCAAAAGUGAUUUCAUGAGUAAAAUGGCAGCACUGGAUUUUACCCAAGGUCUCAUGUAUUCGCUAACUGUAAGGAACAGAUUUUCUGAAAUUAUAAAUUUGUUGUAUAUCUAGUGCAUGUUUAUUUUUUAGCAUUGUGGUAUUGCAUCUGGUGUUAAUAAAUUGAGCAAACUUCUAAUAGAUGCAGAGAGAAAGCAAUGUUUUGCUUUUUUCAAAGUGCUGAGGAAUAUAUAUAGUUUCUAGUAAGCAAGGUCACAGUUUGUUGCUUAUACUUAACAUUGCAAACACUCCACUCAGCUUUUAUAUACCUUCAACUCUGUUGUUUUUGAAUGGCUCUGUUGAAACUUGUUUUUCUGCGUCGUUCAAACAUUUGCAAAAUGUCCCGCAGUGAAUUGUUCUAUAGGUGGUAUUUGUUUCUAAUUUUGUGGACUAAUCUACAAUUGUUAGCUGCACUUUUUAUUUUAUUUUUUAUUUUUACAAGAGAUGUCUUUUUAAUAGACAUUGCUGCUUGUUCAUUUUACCUGUUGCACUAAUAACCCAAUCUCAUGCAUAUUUCCUCAGAAGUAAAUCCCACUGAGUUCAGAAGGAGUUACUCUUGAAUUAGUGUGCAUAGGAAUGCACCAUUAUCUAUUACCAGGUGUGAUGGCUAUGCGUACUUAUGCAUAUUGAUUCACAAAAAUAUAUGGCUCCUUGUAUGUGCAUUAAAUGAAUGGUUCUAAGAGUGC